CUGGGUGGUUCCAGAGCGGUGCGGCGCGGCAGCGCCCCUUUGACAUUUGACAGGCGUUUAUCUACCGCCGCCGCAUCCCGCUCGUUCCCACAGUGUACUCGGUACACGUCAUUAGUUAGGUCGGCAUGGAGGGCCGCCGUCAGAAAGGUCGCAUGGCGGGCGAGGCUCGCUCGGACCUCGCGUCAAGUUCGUCCUCAUCGAAAUCGAAGGCGAAGUCAAAGCCUUCCGGCCUGAAGCGCUCCCAGGGCUCCUCUGGCUCGCAGUCGCAGCUUGCGGAGAUGGUCAACAAAUUGUCCGUCACCAGCGGGAGUGGCUCGGCAAGGAUGAUCAUGCGGGCCGCUCUGUGUUUGGGCAUGGGCAUGGCGCUCACAGCCAGCUACCACACCCCAUGGUUUUUAAUUCCCUUCGGGAUUUGGCUCGAGGGAGCGUCGCUGUCGUGGCUGUCGCUCAUCCAGAAGAGCUGCGCGGAGGGGCAUUUCUUCCCGUCGAAGCAGCUGAACCUCUGGGUCGGGCGCGUGCUCCGGUGGGAGGUGCACAUCGUGCUUGCCUUCGGCCUCUGGUUCGUCCAGGUUUGGACCUGGUGGUCGCUCCUAAAGUUUUGCCUCCUGCCCCUGCUGGUCAUGCAGGCCGCGCUGGCGACGACAGGGUCCCGGGAGGCGCUUGAGAAAUUCUCGAGCCAGGCCUCCGAACAGUCGUCGGGCACGGGCGUGAGGAGGAGCGCGUCGAUGUCGUCCCUCGAGCUGCUCUUCCCCGAGCUGGAGGGUGCAGCGGGACAGAUCAGCGACCUUUUAGAUGUCGCGCAGCAUGCAGACCCAUCCUCGAGGGUGCAGCAUGAAGGCGGAGAUGGCAGCGAUGACGACUGGCAAUUCGGGGUGGCACUGCAUUCGAUCCCCAUGUACCAGUUGCAGCGCCUCUCGAGAAAUCUUACCAGCGAGCUGGCGACGGUGCGCCGCUCGGCCUCCGGGACGAGCCUGGCUGGGAUGGCUGAGGCGGGUUCCGAGGAGAAUCUCCGGAAGUCGAUGCAGGCGUCGAAGUCCAAGUCAAAGUCUUCGAGAGCGAAGUCUGUGGAGCCCAGGACCCCAUGGGAUCGCUUGGUUCACACGGUUGGCAAGCCCGCGCGGUACUUGUUUCGCGAGAUGUGGUUGUGGAGCGAGGGCGACAUGGUGCUCUGGUUCGUCGUGGCGGUGUUCCUGCUGGAAGUGUACAUCGGGUUCAGGUACUUUGCCUGGGCGCCCCUGGCUUUUCUGUACCCGAUACUGGCCAGCUCCGCUGGCUCCCGCAAGGCCGCCGAGCUCCAGGAGGAGCUGGCGAUCCAUUUUGGCGUGGAGGGUAACAGCAUCGCGCGCAGACUGAACGUGCCCGUCUUUCUACAGGUUCUGACUUGCCACAACGGAGCUAUGUGGAUGUUGGGAGUAAUGCUGUUCUUCGGUGGUGUCGACCCGUGGACUGGGGCCAUACCGAAGUGGCAAACGUUUGCUUUUGGGGCCUUCUUGUGGGUCGUCUCGAUGGUGGGCGUUGUCGGCAGGAACCUCGUCUGGGCGUGCGGGUCGAUGGAGUUGACUUUGCCCCAGAAGGUGUCGCUCAUGCUGUGCUGCUCCGUCGCAAACCAAGGAAGCAUCUUCCGCUGGUCGCGCGACCACCGUGCCCACUUGAAGAAUCUGGGUACCAAGCUGGACCCGUACUACAGUGACCGGGGAAGUUUCUGGUCCUACAUGGGUUGGGUAAUCUUGCAGAAGACGCAGGACGCUCUGAAGGCUUCCAAGGAUGUCGAUGUGGCCGAUCUCGUGUUGGAUCAAGUCGUCAUGUUUCAAGCUGAUGUCGACGUGUGGUGGAAUUUGUCUCUCUGCCACGCGGUCCCAGCUUUCAUUACCAUGCUCUGGGGCGAGGAGCUGUUCCUCGGCUGGAUGAUCUGCGGGUGCACUCGCUACGUCCUCGCUCUGCACGCCAAUCUCCUCCUGGUCCAGUUCCAGCACCUCUGGGGCCCGACGACCGUCAAGGCAGAGCUGGGCCAGCUGGAGGCGCUGCCUCAGGAGACGCUGACCUUCGCUCGGCAGGUCUCCGAGGAGGCCGUGGAGACGCGGUCGCAGCCCAGCAUGUGGCGCUCCGACACCAGCCUGGACCUGACCCAAGGGGUGACGAAAAUCAUUGGUGAGAACUUGGAGAGCGAGGAUCAGCCUGACUCGAGCGGCCGCCCCCCACCGCUGAGCAAGCCCGAGGACUCGCAGCAGGAGGAUUCCGGCCCUGUCUUUGUGAAGUACAACGUCAAGCAGGAGGGGGAUGGCGACCCCUCGGUUGAGGUCAGGCUCGAGCCCCUCUGGCGCCGGAGCACGCUUGUUGACCUGGCCAAGGACUGCGUGGCUAAUAUCCUCGGCAUCAAAGCCGAUGCUGUAAAACCGGACCGACCUCUGAUGGACCUCGGAUUCGACUCCAGCGGCGCGCUCAAGCUGCGAGACAAAUUGCAGCGGCGCCUCAAGGUGGACCUUCCGCCAACGCUACUCUUCAACUUCCCCACCAUCAACGAGAUGGUGGACCAGGGCCUCUCCACGCUGGCGCCACGCCCGACUACCCCGGCGGCCACUGCGGUAGCAAGGGAGAGGGCUGCACACCACACGCCGGACCUCGCUGUCGUGUCGACCGCCUGUCAGAUCCCGUUCUCGUAUGGCACCAGUGGUUAUUGGGAGACGCUGUCGUCUCGGACGGAUGCCGUCGUGGAGGUGCCCUUGGCUCGCUGGGACAAUGAGCUCUACUACUCCUCCGAGCCGACGGAAGGCAAGACAUACUGCCGCCACGCAGGCUUCAUCGAAGGCGCCGAUCUCUUCGACACCUCCUUCUUCGGCAUGAGCAACGCAGAGGCCAGGGCGACCGACCCUCAGCAGCGGCUUCUGCUCCACACCGCGUACCAAGGACUCCAGGGCAACGGCUACGACAAGGCGACACUCGCAGGCUCGGAGCUCGGAGUGUUCGUCGCGCUCAGCAACUUGGACUGGUACCACAUGUCUCUUUCGAAGCCGAGUGUGUUCACGGGCCCAGGCGUGGCCAGCUCCAUCGCCGCGAACCGGGUGUCGUUCUCGUUCGGCCUCACCGGGCCGAGUAUGACGGUCGACACAGCUUGCUCAUCCUCCAUCUCGGCCAUGAGCGCGGCUAUGCACUGCCUCGUCGGCGGAGGGGCGGUGCACGAGGCGCUGGUGGCGGCGACAGAGCUGCUGCACGGCCCGAACUCGUUCGUGCUGCGCUCGGUGGCAGGCAUGCUCAGUGGAGCGGGUCGCUGCAAGACUUUCAACGCGACAGCGGACGGUUACAUCAGGGGCGAGGGUGCGGGUGCUGGUGUGAUCACGCACCUGCGAGACGCCGAAGAUGGCCGUUGCACAGUGCUGGCGGACGUGAAGAGCGCGGUCAUGAACCAGGACGGCAAGAGCGCGACGCUGACCGCCCCCAACGGCCCAGCGCAGGAGAAGGUCGUCUUGCAGGCGCUGCGCGAUGGCGGCGUGGACUCUGCCUCGGUGGCCGCCAUAGAGUGCCACGGCACAGGCACCGAGCUCGGCGACCCCAUCGAGGUCGGCGCGCUCAAGGCGGUCCUGGGCACGCCGUCCGCGCAUGCGCCUGAGCUCUAUCUCUGCGCGGGGAAGUCUAAUCACGGCCACUUGGAGGGCGCGGCGGGCUUUGCAGGUAUGCUCAAGGUCUGGACGUGCCUACAGCACCUGCAGGUCACCCCGAACGUCCACUACGCGGCGCUCAACCCGCACAUGAGCAUCGACAACUCUCGGCUCGUUGUCCCAGAGUCGGUCUCGGCGUUGCCCGAGAAGGGGACGAUCAUGGGUGUCUCAUCUUUUGGCUUCGGCGGCACCAACGCACACGCUAUGAUGGCGCAACCGAAAUCGAGCGGCCCACAGCAGCCUAUCGAGCACAAGAUCGCGUUCCUCUUUACUGGCAUGGGCUCUCAACAGGUCGACAUGGGCAAGCGCCUCUACAAGACGAACGAGGUCUUCCGGUCGGCGCUGGACCAGUGUCGGGACAUUUGCAAGGAUCUGUCUCUUCUGCAGGAGAAUUUGCUGGACGUCAUGUUCCCCGAGGACAGGGAGAUGGCGACCAAGCUCGAGACAACCUUGUAUUCGCAAGUGGCGAUCUUCUCCCUGGAGUACGCCCUCGGCAAGAUGUGGAGCGCCCAGGGCAUCGUCCCAUACGCGGUGAUGGGGCACAGCGUCGGCGAGUUCGCCGCGGCGGUGUACGCAGGAGUGAUGUCGGUGGAGGACGGCCUGCGCCUGAUGGCCGCCCGCGGCCACUUGACCGAGAAGCUGGUCGAUCAGGACGCUGGCUGCAUGACCUCGAUCUUCGCCUCCUGGGGCGUCGUCCAAGCUGCCAUCGAGCAGGCCGAUCUGAAGGGCGGCGUCGCCGUGAUUGCAGCCAUCAACGGCCCGUCCGCGACCAUGGUUUCUGGCACCAAGGCCGCUGUGGCCUCCGUAUGCGAGAACGUGAAGGCGAACCACGUCACCAUCAGCACUCGGCAUGCGUUCCACUCCCCGCUCCUGGAGCCGAUCUUGCCAGAGCUGCGCGAGGCGGUCGCGAGCUGCAAGCUGAGCCCCCCGACGGCCUGCAAGAUGGUCUCGAUACUGUCGGGCAGCGAGGAAAAGGACAAGUUUGCCACCGCGGCGCACUGGGUGGGGCAUGACGAGCCUCGCCCGAUGCUUUUCCUGCAGGGCAUGGAGACGCUUGAGAGGAUGGGGUGCACCGCCUUCGUGGAGAUCGGCCCGCAGCCCGUGCUCGUAAAGAUGGGCCGCCGUUGUGUGGGCGAGCGAGCGGACGGGUUCGAGUGGCUGGCAAGCAUCCAGCCGGGGCGUGACGACGUUCAGGAGGUGCUGCGCGUACGCAGGGCCCUCGGCGCCACUGCGGGUGCCGGGCCCUCCGAGCUGAAGCCCGUAGCCAUGCCGUGGCGUGCCCCGUUGCUGCAUCCGUUGCUGGGCGCACCUGUGCAGGAGGGCGGGGCCACGUCGUUCAGCUCUGACGCCCCGCUGAGCUCGGGCCCGGCCAUGCAGCUCUUCCAGCAGCACUGCGUGUUCGGGGAGGUCGUGCUGCCCGGCGCCAGCCACAUCCUCCUUGCGGCGGCUGCCCGCUUGGUGAUAUCUGGGGGCUUCUGCGCGGAGGUCACGGACGCGGUCUUCGAGCGCCCGUUCCUGGUACCAGAAGACGGUGGCGUACGGCUGCACUGCCGGGUGUCCGAGGAUGGCACAGAGGUCUCGAGCUCACCGAAGGAUGGCGACGUGACCGUCCACGCCCGCUUUGGACAGUCGAGGGUCAUUGGGCUCCCCGCCAGCGAGGCAGACCAUCUUCCGGAGAUGAGGAAAUUAUGUGGCGAGCCCUCGCCCGAUUGCAUCAAGGAUUUAUACGCAAGUUUCGACGAGCGUGGGUUGGGCUAUGGGCCGUCCUUCCAGGUGCUUCGAGAAUGCGCAUUUAGCAAGGACGGCGCUGUAGCGCGCCUGGGCCAUGAGACGACGCUCUGGGAGCGCUGCCUGCAGCUGCUGCACCCCGCGCUGCUCGACGGCGCGCUGCAGCUGCUGGUGGAGAGUGCGUCGCGCCAGUCGGAGACGCCCGCGACGUACCUGCCCUUCGCAGUCAAGCGCGCGGUCGUUGCGGCCAACUGCCCUUCGGGCGAGCUGUGGGCCACCGUGAGGAUCCUGGAGUCGACGGCUACGUCUCUCACAGCGAACGUGGAGGUUGUCAGCGCGGACGGGAAGCUCGCGUGCCGCUUGGAGGGCGCGAGCUGCCGCCGUGCCGAGGGCAAGCCCCAGGAGGCGGACGGCUCCGAGGGGUGCUUGUACAGCCGCGAGUGGAUCCCCGCGCCGCAGGUUGCCGGCGGCGCGCACGGCAAGGUGCUCGUUGUCAGCGGCCGCUCAGACGCCAUCCAGGCGGUGUUGGGACUCGACUCGGCCAAGUGCGCGGCGGCCGCCACCAUCGAGGACGCCCUGAAGAAGGUCGACGGCGAGUUGGCCACCAUCGUGCUGGAGGCCGCUGGUGAGCAGGUGGACGCGCUGGACAGCAUGCUGAGGCUAGUGCAGGCCGUCACGAGCACGGACGGCGACCUGCCCCGUGUGGUCCUUGUCACGACCAGUGCUCAAGCCGUGAAGGCUGGAGUGGACGUGGACCCGGAGCACUCCGGCAUCUGGGGCUUCGCGCGGGCGCUUCGGCUGGAGAUCACGAGCUUGCCGGUCACCUGCGUAGAUCUGUCGGGCGGCUCAGACGCGGGCGCCGUCACGAGCGCCUUGCUGGCGUCCGAGGCCGAGCUCGGCGUGCGCGGCGGCGAGGCGCUGACGUCGCGGCUGGCACGCAGCGACGUGGUCCCCAAGAGGCCCCUCCGCCUGCAGAUGGCUCGCCGCGGCAGCCUGCAGAAUCUGAGGCCGGUGCCCCAGACCGAGCGCAAGGCACCGUCUGCUGGCGACAUCGAGGUGCGGGUGAAGGCCAUUGGCCUGAAUUUCCGCGACGUCCUGAACGUGAUGGGCUUGUACCCCGGCGACCCGGGCGAGCCAGGCCUCGAUUGCUCUGGCACAGUGGUCAACAUGGGCGAGGGUCUCGAGAAGAACGAGCUCCGCUGCGGCGACACCUCUGUGGGCAUCGUGUGGGGCUGCCUGAAGACGUACGCGUCCACGAAAGCGCAGCUGCUGGUGCCGCAACCCGACACCUGGACCCCGGCCGAUGCGGCGGCGCUGCCCACGGUCUACACGACGGUGGACGUGGCCUUCCGGGAGUUGGCGAAGCUCAAAAAGGGCGAGCGCGUGCUUAUCCACGCGGCGACGGGCGGCGUUGGCCUCGUUGCCGUGCAAUACGCCCAGCGCAUGGGCGCGAUUGUGUACGCCACAGCAGGCAAAAAGGAGAAGCAGGACCACCUGCGCGGGCUCGGUGUGCAGUACAUCACCAGCUCUCGGAACGACGACGAGUUCGAGGCCGACAUGCUUAAGUUCCUCGGAAAGGAGAAGAUCGACGUCUGCCUCAACAGCAUGAGUCACCUCGGUUUCAUCCCACGCUCACUUCGCCUGCUCAAGAAGGGCGGUCGCUUCGUCGAGAUUGGGAAACGAGACGUUUGGACCGUGGAAGAGGUGAAGAAAGAGUUCCCUACGGUCGACUACCACCUGCUCGCCAUCGACUACGUCUGCGAGUUCGAGCCGGACAGGUACCAGGGGCUCCUCAAGCGACUCCAGAAUGAGCUCCAGGGCGGGUCCUGGAAGCCAUUGCCCGUGACGUGCUACGAGGGCCUGGAGACUGGAGUUGCCGCGAUGUCGUUCCUGCAGAGGGCAGCGCAGAUUGGCAAGGUGGUCCUUACAGCGCCGCCCCGCAUGGGGCUGAAGCCUGCGGCCGGCUACGUGCUCUCCGGCGGCAUGGGUGCGCUGGGUGUCGUCACGGCGCAGGCCAUGGCCGAGGAGGGCGCCAAGUGCAUGGUGCUCCUGUCCCGCAGCGGAAAAGCCGCCGCUGAGGUCGAGUCGCAAUGGAAGUGGUUGCAGGCCUCAAGCGCGGACGUCCUGGCAUGGAAGUGCGAUAUCGGCGACGCCAAGAGCGCUGAGUCGUUGAAGAAGCAACUGAAGGCGGACCUCAAAAACCCUGUGCACGGUGCCUUGCACCUUGCUGGCAUUCUCGACGACGCCCUCGUGCCUCAGCUGACCCGCGGCCACUUCGAGAGGGGCUUCGCGCCCAAGGUGGGCGGGGCGCGCCAUCUGCACAACGCGUUGGCGGGCGCGCCCCUGGAUUUCCUGGUCGUCUACUCCUCGACCGCGGCGUUGCUCGGCGCGGCGGGCCAGGCGAACUACUCAUCGGCCAACGCCUGCCUGGACGGGCUUGCCCAGCACUGGCGGCAUGAAGGGCAGCCGGCACAGAGCGUGCAAUGGGGCCCCUGGCUCUCCGUGGGCAUGGCCGCGCAGAACAACUCGUUCCAGCGCCUGAAGCUGGGUGGCAUCAGCAACGAGCUCGGGCUGUCAGUGCUGUCGGCCGCGCUCGACCCCGCCGCAGGCGGCCCCGUGCUGGGCUGCGCGCUGGUCCAGUGGCCUGGCUACCUGAAGCAGUUCCCCAACGUGCCAUCCUACUUCUCCAAGUUCAGGGGUUCCAGCGUUGCCGCGUCUGGUGGGCAGGCUGGCGCUGGCACUGGCGCCGAGGCCGCCACGAUGAGCCCCGAGAGCGUCGUGACGUGGAUCAGCUCGGUGGCCGCCGACGUCGUCGGCUCCGAGGUGGCGCUCGACGAGCCGCUCAUGGCAGCGGGCAUGGACUCUCUCUCCUCGGUGGAGUUCCGGAACCGGCUGUCCGCGGAGUGCAACUUCAUGAAGUUCCCGAACACACUCAUGUUCGACCACCCGACGCUGCGCGCAGUGUCCGCGCUGGUCACCGACUCUCUGGCGCCCAUUGCAGCCGACACGGCGGCGCCUGCGACCGCCGCCCCGAAGUCGGCGGGCGACAUGCGGGUUGUCUCCCGUGGGCUCGCGUGCAGGUUCCCUGGCGGCGACGGCGUCGAAGAGGGCUGGAGCCGAUGGGUGAAGAAGACGGACUCCGUCAUCGAGAUCCCUUAUAUGCGAUGGGACGUGCUCGAGUACUUCAACCCCGACCAGGACGCCGGCGGCAACUUCAUGUAUGCCCGGCACGGCGGCUUCGUCGAGGGCGCCGAGCUCUUCGACGCGCAGCACUUCGGCAUGUCCGGAGCAGAGGCCAAGACCAUCGACCCGCAGCAGCGCUUCUGCCUCGAGGUCGCCUUCUGGGCCUGCCACUCUGCAGGCGUGGACAAGGGCCAGCUGCUCGGCUCGAACACGGGGGUUUUCGUCGGCCAGUGCAACCACGACUGGGCCAAGUCCUCCACGGAGCGCGGGGCCAAUCCGUACACAGGUCCAGGCACCCACGGCUCGAUCACCUCCAAUCGCGUGUCUUACAGCCUCGGGCUGAGGGGGCCCAGCGCCUCGGUGGACACCGCGUGCUCCUCCUCGCUGGUGGCGCUGGAUAUUGCGGCGAACAAGGUGCAUGUGGACCUCCCUUUCGCGCUCUGCGUGGGCGUGCAGCUCAACCUCAUACCCGAGCCCUUCAUCGCAUUCAGCAAGGCCCGCAUGCUCUCGCCGGACGGCCGCUGCAAGACCUUCGACGACUCCGCCAACGGCUACGCGCGCGGCGAGGGUUGCGGCGCGCUGCACAUGGAAGCGGCGAGGAACCUCACGGACAGCACCCUGCCCGAGGUCGGUUCCACGAUGACUAACCAGGAUGGCCGCAGCUCCACCCUCACGGCGCCGAAUGGCCCCGCGCAGCAGGAGGUGGUGCGCAGGGCGCUGCAGCAAGCGGGCGUGGCGGCCUCCCUCGUGAACUACGUCGAGUGCCACGGGACUGGCACUGCGCUGGGCGACCCCAUCGAGGUUGGGGCGUUGAAGGGCGUCUUGAGCGCGGGCCGCAGCUCUCCCGUGGUGCUGGGCACGGUCAAGACCAACAUAGGGCAUCUCGAGGGCGCCGCGGGCAUCGCGGGCUUGGUCAAGUGCAUGCAGACUUUGGUGCACCGCGAGGCGCCCCCGAAUGUGCACUUCGGGAAGUUGAACCACACGAUCGAGCUGGACGAUUUCCAAGUGAUCGUCCCCACCUCCAUGACGCCCCUGGAGGGCACGGAUCUCUCCGCUGGCCUGUCGUCCUUCGGCUUUGGAGGCACCAACGCGCACGUGAUCUUCAAGCAUUCGACCCAGGCAACGAAGAAGGCUAGCACAACCGAGGGAGCUAGCGUGCGCCAAGUAGGCUUCCUGUUCACUGGUCAAGGCUCUCAGUACGUCGGCAUGGGCAAGCAGCUCUACGGGGCGGACGCCACAUUCCGCACGACGCUCGACGCGUGCGCAAAGCUGCUGGAUCCUUUGCUCAAGGUCCCACUGCUCGAGGUGAUGUUCGAGGAGAAAGCAGAGCAAAAGGGUCUCCUUGACCAGACCGAGUACUCGCAGCCAGCCAUAUUCUCGGUGGAGGUAUCCUUGGCGGCGAUGUGGAAGGCCAAGGGCGUCCAGCCAAGCGCGGUCCUGGGCCACAGCGUCGGCGAGUAUGCCGCUGCGGUCGCCACUGGCGUAAUGUCCCUCGAGGAUGCCGCGAGGCUCAUCGCCGCCCGAGGGCGCCUCAUCCAGGAAAAGUGUGAGGCCGGUGUCGGUGGCAUGGUAGCAGUCUUCGCGCCAGAGGAGGCAGUGAAUGAGGCGAUCGGGUCACUGACGAAGAAGGAGAAGCAGGACGUGGCGAUCGCUGGCGUAAACGGCCCCAAGCUGUGCGUGGUGUCCGGCAGGAGCAAGACGGUGACCAAGGUGGUCGAGGCCACUGGCGCUGGGAACAGGGCCCUGAACGUUUCGCACGGCUUCCACUCCCCCCUGAUGGCCCCGAUGUUGGCCGCGUUCAGGCAGGAGGUGUCCAAGGUCAAUCUUUCUGAGCCGAAGGGCUGCCGCUUCGUAUCCACGGUCACCGGCAAGGAGGUGUCGAAGGAGUUGAGCGACCCAGAGUACUGGGUGAACCACGUAGAGCGCACGGUGCGCUUCGCCGACGGCAUGGCCGCGUUGGAGGCCACCAGCUUGGACGUGUUCUUGGAAGUGGGGCCAGAACCCACGCUCGUGAAGAUGGGCAAGCGCUGCGUGCAGAGCGACAAGAGCUACGACUGGCUUUCCUCCCUGGAGGCUAGGGACGGCGCCGGCACAGACGAGCAGUCGGUGGCAGAGGCCGAGGCUGUGAUUCGCGGCGGACUGGCGCCCUUAAAGUACAAGAGGUCACCAUUCCCCUGGCGCGACGCUGGGCCACGAAUGUUGCGCAGGCGCGGUGGGAACGACAAGGAGGUGCACUUCGACGUCCCCGUGCGCUCGGACCUCUUCGCAGUGGCUGGGGAGCACGUCGUCUACAGUGAGAUCGUCGUGCCUGGCGUGGUGUUCGUGGAGAUGGCCACGGAGGCUACCAGGGCGCAUUUGGGCGACGGAGUUCAGCUGAGGGACGUGCAGAUGGUGUGGCCGCUGGUGGUGCCCAAAGACGGGGACUGCGACGACAAGCAGACCUGGAUGCGCCUGGCCAUCAUCGGCAACAAGAAGUUCGAACUCCGCAGCCAGGGCCCUGGCGACGACAAAUGGACCGUGCAUUGCGAGGGCAAGAUUACUAUCUCCUCCGAGACACCAGCACAGCCGGAGGACGAGGCGGUGGUCCGCGCGCGCUGUCCAGAGUCUGUGGAUUCUGCCAAGUUGUACCCCUUAGUGGACAGCACCGGGCUCUGGCUCGGACCCAAAUUCCAAGUCAUCAGUGGCAUGGUGCGGAGCAAGGACGAGAUCUCGUGCAGGAUGCAGUUGGCCCCAGACGUCACCAAUGUCGGCUACGUCAUCCACCCCUCGCUGUUCGAUGGCACGAUCCACGCAGUCUGUGCCACGAUGUUCGACCAGGACCCACCUUUCCUGAAAAUCUUCGCUGGCGUGGGCAAGGUUCAGGUGUUCUGCCGCGAGGCGCCCAAGAACGAGAGCGUCAUCUUGCACCUCCGCAUCGACGAACUUACGGAGCAGCAGCAGAUCUUCACGUGCACUGUGCACAACGAGGCUGGCGUUGUGCUUUGGGUGAUGGAGAAUGUAAUAUUCCGAAAGGUUCUACCCGAACAGAUCCAGAAGGCUCUGGAGGCGACCAAGAAGAAGGAGGACGUGAGUUUUUUCGACGCGCAGUGGAUGCCUGUCAAGGACGCAUCCGACGAGCUGGCCGCAGACAGCGGUACUUGGCUGGUCCUGGCUGAGGACAAGGAGCUGCUCGAGGAGAUGAGCAAGGCCUUGGGCAGCAGGCACACCUACGGCUCUGCGCUCAGCCUCCCCGACGACUUAUAUGGCUUCACCAAAAUCAUCAGCGUGGCCGCCGAAAAGGCGUCCCACGUGGACGUCCUAGAAGGCUCGGUCAAAGUCUUGCAGCGCGUGGUUGGCAUGGAGAAGACCGAGGAAAAGGCGCCACCAGAAGUUUUCUUCGUGCUGCAGGGCACGCAGGCGGCUGACGUCGCCGAUCUCAGCGGCGCACCUGUGCCCAUGCAUGCAGGAGUUUGGGGAAUGUCGCGCUGCCUGCGGCUCGAGCACCCCGACGCCUUGGCAGGAUGCAUCGAGUUGGGCGGCUGCGGCGGUGGUGCCGCCGACCUCGUGGCACGGCUGCGCGCCGUGCGGGUGCGGCAGGACGACCUACUAGAGCCAGAGAUCGUGUUACAGGGUGCGAGUUCGACGCCCACACAGUACGUCGCACGCCUGGCUGAGGUCACCGCGCAGUUCCCCGUCCAGGAGCAGCUCUCCUUCGACAAGGAGGGCUCAUACGCCGUCAGCGGCGGCACGGGCGGCCUCGGGCUGUUGUUCGGUCGCUGGAUGGCCGACCAUGGCGCGGGCCACUUGGCGCUGCUCUCGCGCAGCGGGAAGGCCCCUCCAGAGUCCUCGGCCAUGAUGGACCAGCUGCAGGCGCUGGGCGGCGUCACCGUCUCUGUCCAGAAGUGCGACGUGCAGGACGCGGCGGACGUGAAGGCGCUGUUCAAGAGCCUCAAAGGCGUCAAAGGCGUCAUCCACGCGGCGGGCGUUCUGGACGAUCACCUCAUCGUGGACUUGGAGAGGCAGCAUUUCGAGAAGGUGUUGAAGCCUAAGGUUGACGGCACUCUGAACUUGAGCGCUGCGCUGGAGAGCGCGGCGGGGCUGGAUUUCUUCGCUCUGUUUUCCUCCAUCGCCGCCAUGCUUGGCUCUCCGGGCCAGGCCAACUACUGCUCUGGCAACGCCUUUAUGGACUCAUACGCGCUCCACCGGCGCGCGCAGGGUCACUCCGCAGUGAGCGUCCAGUGGGGCCCUUGGGCCGAGGUGGGCAUGGCCGCGCGAGCGGGCACGUCAGAGACCAGCUAUCAGCGGAUCCCGCUCGCAGGCGGCCUCGCGGCCAUGGGCGCCAUCCUGGGUACGAGCGCGAGCGUGGUGGGCGUGGCCCGGGUCAACUGGUCAAACUUGCUGGCUGGCAUGGCCACGGUGCCUGCGUACCUGCAGAAUUUCAAGAGCUUCAAGAAGGCCGCAGUCGCCGCGGGCGCGAGCAUCUCGCGCGACCUAGUGUCAUCGACGAUCCAAGAUGUGUUGUGCGACGUGCUCGGGGACCCUGACCUGGCCGACUUCUCCGUGCCGUUGAUGGACAUGGGCUUGGACUCGCUGUCGGCCGUGGAAUUCCGGAACCGCGUGCAGGCGUCCUUCGACGGGUUGACGCUCACGGCGACGGUCAUGUUCGACUACCCUACCGUGGCCGACCUCAGCGAUUUCAUUGUGUCGCAGUUCGGCGGAGGCGGUGAGGAAGGCGGCGAGGGUGGUGCAGCUCGCGAGCUAAACGCACAGGAGGCGCUGGCGAUGCUCGGCGUGGCGUCGCGCUUCCCAGGCUGCAAGUCCAACACGGCUGACGAGUACUGGAGCAUGCUCAUCCAAGGCAAAGACAUGAUCUCCGAGGUGCCAAUCGAGCGCUGGGACGUCGACGAGUAUUACGACGAAGACCCCUCUGCCGCGGGCAAGAUGUACGCGCGCAACGGCGGCUUCAUUACAGGGCUCGGGGACUUCGACGCCAAGAUGUUCGGGAUCCUUGACCUGGAGGCCCAGUCGAUGGACCCACACCAGCGCAUCCUCCUUGAGGUCGUGUACGAAUCCCUGUGGCACUCAGGCUUCUCGAAGGACGAUGUUUCGAACAGCAACACAGGAUCCUUCAUCGGUUGCGCCACUCUCGGCGGCAUCAGCGUCCUCGACGACGACAUCGGGCCGUACACAAACAUCGGCUCCUUCCCCUCCGGGAAUUCUGGGCGCGUGUCGCACGCCCUUGGUCUUCGCGGGCCUUGCUUCACUAUCGACACCGCGUGUUCCGCCACGCUUGUGGCCUUGGACUGCGCAGCGCAGGCCUCCCGUCUGGGCAAGACUGACAAGUCCGUGGUCGCGGGGAGCAACUUGCAGCUAUGCCCCAAUACUUGGGUUGGCUUCUGCAAGAUGAGCGCGCUGUCCGUCGACGGGCGCUGCAAGACCUUCGACGCGUCCGCCAAUGGCUUCACCCGCAGCGAGGGUGCGGGAUCUUGCAUCACGGAGCUCGUGUCCACCACGGAGAGACGCGGCAAGGUGGCCGUGUGCCAGGUGAUCGGCACAUGCGUAAACCAGGACGGGCGCAGCGCAACGAUCACCGCGCCCAGUGGCCCAGCGCAGCAGCGCUGCAUCAAUUCCGCUCUCGCUGAUGCUUCUGUGGACGGUGAGGAGAUCAGCAUGGUCGAAGUACACGGCACGGGCACUGCGCUCGGGGACCCGAUCGAGAUCGGCGGGUUGAAGUCGACCGUCGGCAAGGGCCGGUCUGCCGGGGACCCUGUGAUCUUGGCAGCUGCCAAGUCCAUCAUCGGCCACGAAGAGGGUGCCGCCGGUAUCGCUGGCAUCGUGAAGAUGGUGGCCUCAAUGCAGCACAAGCAGAUACCAAAGAACUUGCAUUUGAAGCAACUCAACCCGAACAUCGAUCUGGACGGCUUCGCCGUGAUCAUGCCUGACAGCCUCAUCGACUGGAGACCCAACAACGUGAAGGCGGGCACCUCGUCUUACGGCUUCAGCGGCACCAACUCACACUCCAUCUUGGAAGGCCCGAAGCUCAAGGACGGCGAGGUGCUGUCGCUGGUCCGCGCCGAUCCGCUACCCUGGAACAAGACGCCCCACCGCCUCCUCGGGAUGGAGGCCAUGGCGAGGAAAUUCUGGUAUGCCCUGGAGUGGCGACCUCAGGAACUGACCGCGCAGGACGCGAAGGGGAUGCUGCCAUGCUUGGUCGUCGGCAACGGGGACGUGGCGCGCGCGCUCCAGAAGACGCUCGACUGCGACCUGGUGGAGAGUGGCGCAGGUUUGUCUGCGAAGCUGAAGGAGCAAGAGUGGGCGACGCUCGUCUUCGCCGAGGCACUCUCGGCCGACGACCCGACCCUGGAGGGCAGCACGCUGGCCGACCUCUUGGAGCUUUGCAAGGCUUCCAUGGGCACAGGCCGGUCGACGCGCCUGGCUGCUGUCACUAUUGGCGCACAGUCGGUUGCAGGCGGCAGCAUCGGCCGCGGAGUCGUCGGCUCAGCUAUCUGGGGCUUCGUGCGCACGUUGCCUUUCGAGGCCCCAGGCCUGAAAGUGCAGAGCAUCGACCUCUGCGACGUCUCCGACACGGACGCUGCCGCUCAGACGAUCGCGAAUGAGCUCAGCGUUUCCACGGCGGGCAUGGAAGCAGAGGUGGCUUACAUCGACGGCGUACGCAAGGUGCCCCGGCUCGCCACGUGCCCAGUGCCCCAGGGAAGCGCCGACAUCGCCCGGCCAGAGGCCACGCAGCUGGUCACGGGAGGCCUCGGCGGCCUUGGCCUCCUCUGCGCGCAGUCGCUGGCAGACCUUGGGUCGCAGAGCCUCGUGCUCGUGUCCAGGAAGGGCAGGGUGCCGGACGGCGAGGAGGCCGUCGCGGCCCUGCUGGAGAAUUUGAAGAAGUCCAGUGCCACCGUGCACGCGUGGGCCUGCGACGUGUCAGACGCCAAGCAGGUGAGCAGCCUGACCAAGCGGAUCGGCCAGGAGAUGCCCAGCAACCCUCUGGGCGGAGUCGUGCACUCCGCAGGGGUCCUCGACUUCAUCGACAUCCAAUCGCAGAGCCCAGAGAGGUGGGCACCCGUUUUCAAGGCGAAGGUGUCCGGGGCCUGGAACUUGCACGAGGCGACGGAGGGAACGAAGCUGAAUAAUUUCGUGCUCUUCUCCUCUGUGUCAGCUUUCGUCGGCCUCUCCCGCGGGACCAGCUACUCUUCCUCCAACGCGUACCUGGACGGCCUGGCCCUCUGGCGUCGUGCGCAGGGCCUCCCUGCCACGGCGCUGCAAUGGGGGCCUGUGGCAGAAGUGGGCAUGUCCUCUCGGGACUCUCACGGCAUCGCCGACUCGGCCCUGAAGCUGAUCAAGCCGUCGCAGGUCCAGAAAGCCUUCAGCCAGUCGCUCUUCGCUGGGAGCAUGCCUGCUUCGCUUGCCUUCGCGCGUGUGGAUUGGGGCCAAUUCCAGAAGGAGCUGGGCAUCCAGGUCCCUGUGCUCCAGGAUUACGACGGGGAGGAGAAGGUGGCUGGGGGCCCUGGAGGGGGCGUGCCCGACGCGUUCAAGGGCCUCUCUGCGGACCAGGUGCAGAGCCAGGUCAGCACGAUGGUCGCACAGAUCGCCUCGGGCGUGCUCGGUCUGGAGCUGGAGGAGCUGUCUCUGGACGCUCCGCUGAUGGAGGCUGGCCUGGACUCGCUGUCCUCGGUGGACUUCCGCAACCAGGUGGCGAAGAAGCUGCCAGGCCUCAAGAUGCCCAGCACGCUGAUGUUCGACUACCCCAACACUCGCGAAAUCGCCAGCUUCGCGGCCUCGAUGCUGGCGCCGGCCGACGCCGCCAGCGCACCGCUGGCCGCUGGCGCGCCAAGGGCGUCACUCACGGCCCCCGGCGGCGCCGCGGUCGCCGAGAGCACGGAGCCUGUGGGCAUCUGGUCUGGCGCCUACCGCUUCCCCGUGGACGGCACCAGCCUUGGUGAACUGUGGGCCGCACUCGACUCGCAACAUGACGGCGUGACCGAGAUCCCCUUCGACCGCUGGGACGUGGACGCUUACUACAGCGCCGACCAGGAGGAGCCCGGCAAGAUGUACGUCAGGCACGGCGGCUUCGUGAAGGACGCCGACAAGUUCGACGCCACCUUCUUUGGCCUCUCGAGUGCCGAGUCGAAGGUGAUGGACCCGCAGCAGCGGCUGCUUCUGGAGGUGAUCUACGCGGGGUUCCACAGCGCGGGCUUCCGAAAGGACAAGCUGUCGGGCACACGUGGGGCCAUCUGCGUGGGGCAGUGCAACAACGAUUGGGGCCACAUGGGUUUUUCGAUGGACGAGUCGGAGAAAAUCAGCGUGUACACAGGCUUGGCCGUGUCGACGUCCAUCUCCUCGAACCGCGUGUCCUACAUCCUUGGCCUGAAGGGCCCGAGUGCCACCAUCGACACGGCGUGCUCGUCGUCCUUGAUGGCGGCAGACGUGUUGGUUUCUAACCUGCGCCGGAGCAGGUGCUCGAUGGGCGCUGCCGCCGGCGUGAACCUUAACCUGACUCCCGGGCCAUUCAUCGCGUGUAGCAAGGCCCACAUGCUCUCCGAGGACGGCCGGUGCAUGACCUUCGACAACCGCGCCAACGGCUACGUGCGGGGCGAGGGUUGUGGCAUGGCGACGCUGGCACGCCUGGCCGACAUGGACGAGAGGGGUGACGCCUCGCUUGCCGUGAUCCACGGCGUCGGUGUGAACCAGGACGGCCGCAGCACGAGCCAGACGGCGCCGCACGGCCCCUCGCAGCAGGACGUGAUCAUGACCGCGGUCAACGAGGCGGGGCUGGACGCAGCCUCGAUCAAUGCCUCUGAGUGCCACGGCACAGGCACCGCACUGGGCGAUCCCAUCGAGGUCGGCGCUCUGAGGGGCUCCCUAGGCGUGGGACGGCAGGCAUCAAGCCCGCUCACCCUGUGCGCGGUGAAAACGAAUCUUGGCCACUUGGAGGGCGCCGCGGGCAUCGCUGGACUCCUGAAGGUGGCUCUGAUGCUUCCACGGCGCCUGGCGCCGCCGAACCUGCACUUCAAGGAGCUGAACGAGCACAUCGACCUCGACGACUUUCCCACCACGAUCCCAGCAAGCAGUACAGAGCGCAUUGCCGGCGAGACCCUCUCUUGCGGUUUGUCCUCUUUCGGCUUCGGCGGUACCAACGCCCACGUGGUGUCCCAGGAGUCUGCUGGUGCAGCACCAACGGCCCAGGAGGAGGUAGCAUACAAUCCGCAGUCGUUCGCGUGGCAGCAGGUGAAGCACCCAUUGCUGUCGAGACAGCAGAAGAUGCCCGACGGGAAGCAGGUGUUCGCAGCUCCCUUCUCUGGCCGGCUCUUCCAGCUAGUCUCGCAUCACAUCAUCUUCGGGGAGAUCGUGGUGCCGGGGGCCACGUAUCUCGAGAUGGUGUUGGCGUCAGGUGAGUUCCACCUUGGUGGCCGCGGCUUCCAGUGGCAUAUCCGCAACAUCGGUUUCCAGUCGCCACUGGUGCUGAAGACAGGACCAGACGGGCAGUUGGCCCGCCCAGUUGACCUCUACCUGGAGCUGCUGCCCGGGGGGCACUGGCUUAUGAGCAGCUUCGACCCUGCGCUCGGCAAGGUCCUUGCCGUCCACGCGGAGGGCGAGUUGGACAUCGGAAGGGAGGCAAGCACGCAGCCUGUACUGGACGUGGAGGGCGCGAAGGCGCGGUGCGACGAGGACGUGGCCAUCGAGAGGCUAUACCUGCCCUUCUCGAAGAUUGGCCUUCCGCUGCAGCCGCGCUUCAGGACCGUACGCAAGAUCCUCCGCGGCGACAACGAGGUGCUUGCCAAGGUCGAGGCCGAGAACGACGCCACGAAUGCUGGUUUCCUCUUCAACCCAGCCGUCAUCGAUGGGACUUUCCAGGGCAGCAUGGCUUUGAUGCUCGCGAGGCGCUCAACGGAGGUGGACGACCUGACCAGCCUGCGUAUUCCGCUGCUCUGCCAGGUGUUUACAAACUAUUCCCAAGGCUACCAGACUCACAUCUGGGUGAACCAUCGCCUGAUCGAGAUGACAGACCGCGAGAUCGCCGUGAACGCCCAGCUGAGCAAGGAGGAUGGAAAGGUGAUGCUCUCUUACGAACAAAUGCGAUUCCGCGAGGUGAGGCCGGAGCACAUCCAGAAGAUGUUGCAGCAGGCAACCGAAGAGGUCGAGGAAGACAUCUUGCAGCAGGAGUGGGUGCCCCUGGAGGCAAAGGGCGGCAAGCCAGGUCCGCUGGCCGGCAAGGUGGUUUUCAUUGGCGCCACGGCCCCUCUGGCCUCGGAGCUCGCGAAGCUCUUCAAGGGUGCCGAGUUCAUUGAGGAGUCCCUGUCUCUCAGCGCCGCAAGUGCUAAGAAGGUAACGUACGUUCAUGUGGGGGCCCUUUCGCAGCCUGCAGAGCUGGAGACGCUCACUUGCACAAUGGCCCUGUGCCAGGCGGCGAUGGCGGAGGCGGCCAAGGACUCGGAUCUUGCGCCCUCGGUGUGGUGGAUCACUCGCGCCACGCAGGCAUGCGGUGCCGACGGCAGCUUCACGCACGCUGGCAUGUGGGGCAUGGCGCGGACGGCGCGGAUGGAGGAGCGGUCUCUUCGCUUGCGCUGCUUGGACUUGGACGCGUCCACGAUCAACGACGCUCAGGCAGCACAGGUGCUGGCGAAUUGGCUGGGCGCCCUCACUGGCAGCGCUGCCCUCGACGCCGAGACAGAAGUCGCACUGCGACCGAGUGAGGACGGUGCGCUAAAGGCGUUGGUGUCACGCCUGGACCGCAGCAAGGUGCAGGUCCGGAAGGCCAUGCGCCUGCAGAUGUCUGCCCGCGGCAGCCUCGCCAACCUGCGGCCUGUGCCGCAGACGCACAGGCCUGCGCCGACCAACGAGGAGGUGGAGCUCCGCGUCCGAGCGGUCGGCCUGAAUUUCCGCGACGUGCUGAACGUCAUGGGCAUGUACCCAGGCGACCCUGGAAACCCUGGCGGCGAUUGCUCUGGCACGGUGACCAAGGUCGGAUCGGACGUCUCGGACUUGAAGCCCGGCAACGAUGUCUUCGGCAUCGCGUUCGGCAGCCUCCAGACGUAUUGCAACACGCACCACCACCUCGUGGUGGAGAUGCCGAGGGAGGGCUGGAGCUUCGAGCAGAUGGCCUCAUGGUCGGUCACCUUCGCUACUACGGAGGAGGCCUUCCAGGAGCUCGCUGCGGUGACCAAAGGGCAGCGAGUGUUGAUCCACGCUGCCACAGGCGGCGUCGGCCUCGUCGCCGUCCAGUUUGCGCAGCGCGUGGGGGCCACCAUCUACGCCACCGCUGGCAGCCCAAACAAAGUCGAUCAUCUCAAGGAGAUGGGAGUGAAGUACAUCACCACCAGCCGCGAUGACGAGGCCUUCGAGGAAGACAUGAAGCGGAUGAUGAAGGAGGACAAGUGCCAGGAUGGCAUCGAUUGCGUGCUGAACAGCUUGAGCCACAAGGAGUACAUCGGCCGCUCGCUGUCUAUGCUCAAGAAGCGCGGACGCUUCAUGGAGAUCGGCAAGCGGGGUAUCUGGAGCCAUGACGAGAUGAAGGAGAAGCGCCCAGACGUGCAAUACGAGAAGAUCGCGAUGGAUUGGGUGAUGGAACAUGAUCCAGCGCGGUACAAUGUACUCAUGCGGCGUCUGGUGACACAGAUGGAGCAGGGUUGGUGGAAGCCACUGCCCACCACCAUCUUUGAGGGCCUCACCUCUGGCGUGGACGCGCUCCGCUUUCUGCAGCGCGCGCAGCAGAUCGGCAAAGUCGUGUUGACCACGCCCUCACGAAUGGGGUGCGAACCAGACGGUUGCUACGUGCUCAGCGGAGGUGUCGGCGCAUUGGGAUUGGUCACCGCCCAGAUGAUGGCCGAAGAGGGUGCCAAGUCUCUCGUGCUCAUGUCGCGCAAGGGCGCAGUGGGCUCCGACUCGCAGGUGCAGUGGCAGCACCUCCAGAGUUUCGCCAUCGACAUUAAGCUGAAGGCCUGCGACAUCGGCAACAUGGACGACGUCCAGGUAUUUUCGGCUGGAUUGGCCUCGGAGCUCGCGAAGCAGACUCCCGCGGCGCGCGUGCGGGGCCUGGUGCACCUCGCGGCCGUGCUGGACGACGCUACGCUGCCGAAGCUUACCAGGGGACACCUCGAACGGGCCUUUGGCGCGAAGGUCUUCGGUUCUCGCCACCUCCAUUGCGCGCUCUCCAGCAAGAAGGACCCGUUGGAUUUCAUGGUGUUGUUCUCGUCCACCUCGGCGCUCCUGGGAUCACCGGGGCAGGCAAACUACACCGCGGCCAACGCCGCCCUGGACGCGCAGUCUUGGGUGUGGCAGCAGAGAGGCGAGAAGGCGUGGAGCGUACAGUGGGGCCCGUGGCGCGAGGCAGGCAUGGCCGCGCAGAAGGGCACCGUGGAGAGGCUGAAGUCGCAGGGUCUCGGCAGCAUCGGCAACGCUGUGGGCAUGGCGGCGCUCUGCUGCGCGCUGGCCUCGGACUGCAGCGUCAUCGCCGCAUGCCCGGUCUACUGGGGCCAGUACCUGAAGCAGUUUGGGCAGGCUGUGCCGCCUUUCCUGGCGCGCUUCAAGAAGGAGGCCGGGGCCGGCGCACCUGGGGUCGCUGCAGCUACAGCGGGCGCCAGUGCCAGCCCAGGCAUCACCCCCCAGAUGAUGGGCCAGCUCGUGCUGAGCACCGCCGUGGAGGUCAUGGGCGUCGCUAGCGUUGACACCGAGGUGCCGCUCAUGGAAGCUGGCAUGGACUCGCUGGCGGCGGUCGAGUUCCGCAACCGCCUCUCGGGACAGCUGCCCGGGGUCAAACUGCCCAACACGCUCAUCUUCGAUUACCCGACCAUCACGGCCAUCAGCGGAUACGCGUCGACCCAGCUCGGGCCUGUAUCUGUUGGUGGCGGAGCCGCUGCGCCGACCAUCACACCGGAAGUGCUGAAUGAGAUGGUGCUCCAGACGGCGGCCGAGGUCAUGGGCACUGCCAGCGUCGACGCUGAGGUACCGCUCAUGGAGGCGGGCAUGGACUCCCUCGCGGCGGUGGAGUUCCGCAAUCGCUUGUCUGGGCAGCUGCCUGGAGUCAAACUGCCCAACACGCUCAUCUUCGACCACCCGACAGUCUCCGCCAUCGGCCGCUUCGCCUCCUCGCAACUCGCGCCGGCCGCUGGCGCGAAGGCGGCGGCUCCUCUGCAGGGCGCCGGCAGCCGCGUUCAGGUCCAGGUUCAAGGCCUCGCAUCCUCAUUCCCGGGCGGCCGGGACGGCGCCUACUGGGACGAUUUCGCCAGCCGCAGAGACGGCGUGGUGGAAGUCCCCUACACCCGCUUCGACAUAGACGCCUACUAUGAUUCUGACCCCGACACCCCCGGCAAGACAUACGCGAGGCACGGAGGCUUCGUCGACGGAGCCGAGCUCUUCGAUGCCGGGGCGUUCACGCUAUCGCCUGCAGAGGCCAAGGUGAUCGACCCACAGCAGAGGAUGAUUCUGGAGGUUGCUCAGAGAGCCUUUGCCUUCGCGGGCAGGGAGAAGGCCGGCAUGAUGGGCGCGGACAUCGGCGUCUUCGUAGGCCAGGCCCAGCACGAUUGGUUCGUCAUGACAAGCUCUGGCAGCUCCUUCAGCACCUACACCGGCACGGGCAUCAGCGCGUCGAUCUGCGCCAACCGCAUCUCCUACCUAUUCGGCGUGAAGGGCCCAAGCUUCGUGUGCGAUACGGCUUGCUCUUCUUCUCUGGUGGCUGCCGACGCCGCCCUCAGCUCGGUCCACAGGGGCACGAGCGAGGCCGCCCUCAUCGGGGGCACGCAGCUUAUUCUCGGGGUGGUGCCCUACAUCAGCUUCAGCAAGGCGAAGAUGCUUAGCGAGACCGGCCGGUGCAUGACGUUCGACGAGUCGGCGAAUGGCUAUUGCCGCGGCGAGGGCGUUGGCGCCGCAUUCGUGGGUCCCACGCCGGAGUCCCUGGCGCAAGUGGUCUGUGACCUUGCAGCCACCGCCACCAACCAGGACGGCCGCAGCGCCAGCCUCACGGCUCCGAACGGACCGUCGCAGCAGGCGGUCAUCCUCCGUGCGUUGUCCGAGGCUGGCAUUGAACCGAAGGACGUGGCCACCGUUGAGUGCCAUGGUACGGGCACAUCCCUGGGGGAUCCCAUCGAGGUGGACGCGCUGGCCAACACGCUCGGCAAGGACCGCAGCAAGAUGCUGGCGCUCACCUCCGCCAAGUCGAACAUCGGCCACCUGGAGGGCUCGGCCGGCAUGGCUGGCCUUGUGAAGGCCGCGUACAUGAUGCAAACUGGGAAGACGACCCCCAACCUGCACUUUCAGACGCUCAACUCGCACAUCGACCUCGAUGGCUUCCCGGCCUUCGUAGUGCAGGAGAUGUACGAGCUGGAGCCCGCAUUGGCGUCUGGCCUGUCCUCGUUUGGCUUCGGCGGCACCAACGCGCACGUGGUGCUCGCGAGCUCCUCGCCGCCGAGCGCGGCACCGACCACGGGCGCAGCCCAGGUGGAGUUCAAGCACACGCCGUUCCCCUGGAGGGACCCAGUCUACCGGAUGCUGCGCAAAAAGAUCAGUGAGGGCAAGGACACGCACUUCGAGGUGCCCUUCAAGGCGGACAUCUUCUGGGCAGUGGCAGAGCACGUCGCCUUUGACGAGAUCGUGGUGCCAGGCGUGGCCUACGUUGAGCAAGCCAUGGAGGCCACCAGGGUGCUCAUGGGCAACCAAGCCUACAUAAAGGACGUGCAGAUGACGUGGCCGCUCGUUAUCCCCAAGGACGCGUGGAAGGAUGGCACGACGCCCGUCUACCUCCGCUUCGCGCAGAUGGGCAGCGAUAAGUUCGAGAUCCGCAGCAGGCGCGGCGACAGCCCGGAGCAGAUGACCCACUGCGAAGGCAAGAUUGGUCGCGGAACCUCGGAGCCAGCGAUGCUCCCCUUGGACGACCUGAGGAGCAUGUGCGACACGGAGGUGCCCUCUGCGGACGUCUACGCUGCCGUGCACAAGGGCGGGCUCUACCUCGGCCCCAUGUUCCAAGUCUGCAAGCACAUGAUGCGGAGCAACGGUGCAAAGGGUGACGAGGUCCUCUGCCGUCUCGAGCACUCCACGGAGGAGGGGCACCUCCCAGUCAACAUGGGCUACUGGAUGCACCCGGGCAUGCUCGAUGGAACGAUCCACGUGCUCGGCUGCACAAUGGUUGGCUGGGAUGCCCCACUGAAGAUCUUCGCAGGCAUCGGCUCAUUGAAGUGCAAGCAACACAGGGACUUCUCUCGCGAGUCCGUCUACUGGGUGCACUUGCACCUCAUGGAGUUCUCCAUGACGCUCCAGACCUUCACGACCACGGUCGCUGACGAUGAGGGGAACAUCUUAUUCGUUGGAGACGACGUGUCGUUCCGCGCUGUGACACGGGAGCAGAUCCUCAAGGCGAUGGAGAGCCAGAUGCCCGAGGACGCCCAGAAGCUGUACCAGGUCGGUUGGACCGACGUGCCAGCCAGGAAAGACCAGGCCGAGGAAGAGGACGAGGUGAAGACCCUCGUCGUCGCUGAGGCUGGAGACUUCUUCGCACAGGUGGCGUCGGCUCUCGGAGACCAUGCCUCCUGUGUAGCGCCUUCGGCUGUAUCGCAGGACCAGCUCACCGAUUGCAGUAGGGUGAUCAGCCUGGCAGGGCUCUCGGAUGCGCCGUGCCUGGACGUCUUGGAUGUCGCGUUGAGCCUGAUGAAGGGGUUGGUCCACGCCAAGGACGACGCUCCGGAGCUGUGGUUUCUGACGCGGUCCGCUGUUGCCGUGGAGCAGAAAGACAUGGUGGACGCCCCGAUACCGACGCAUGCGGCACUAUGGGGCCUGGCGAGGUCCUUCCGUGCCGAGUACCCACAAUUCAAGGUGGCAUGCUUGGACCUUGAUGCCAGCUGCACGUCUGGCACGGUGGUCGCCGGUGUGGUUGGCGAGGUGGCCGGCCGCGUCGCCAAGACCUUCGAGCCCGAGUUGGCAUUGCACUCCGGCAGGCUGGUGGCCUCGAGGCUCGUGGAUGACACCGCAAACAUCAAGGCCGCAGAGGAGGCCGCAUUCAAGGAGGACGCGUCGUACGUUGUCAGCGGCGGUACGGGCGCCCUGGGCCUGCUCUUCGCGGGCUGGAUGGCGGACAAAGGAGCCAAGAGUUUCGUGCUCUUGUCGCGCAGUGGCACAGUGCAGACCGACUCGCAGCAGCUCUUCGACAAGGUUUCGGGGAUGGCGAAGGUGAAAAAGUGCGACAUCGCCAGUGCCAGCGAUGUGGAGCAGACGAUGAAGCAGAUAAGUGACGAGCUUCCACUGGUUCGCGGCAUCAUCCACGCCGCAGGCACCCUAGACGACCACCUCAUCCUCGACCUCGAGCGCAAGCACUUCGAUGGUGUCAUCUCGCCGAAGGUCGACGGCACGCUGAAUCUUCACAGGGCGACGGCAGGCAUGCCGCUCGACUUCGUCGCGCUCUUCUCGUCUGUGGCCGCCAUGAUCGGCACCGCGGGGCAGGCCAACUACUGCGCGGGCAACGCGUUCAUGGACGCGUUCGCUACGCACCGGCGCGCACACGAGCUUCCAGCCGUGAGUGUCCAGUGGGGCCCGUGGGCGGAAAUCGGGAUGGCCGCUCGCGCUGGCACCUCCGAGAGCGUCAUCCUGCGGAUCGAGCUCCAGGCGGGGCUUCAGGCGAUGGAGGCGAUACUGAGUGCUCAGGCCUCGCUGCUCACCGGCGUCGUGGGAGUCGCCCGCAUCAAGUGGGCGUCCUUCCUGGCGCAGAUGACGGCGGUGCCGCAGUUCCUGGACAACUUCAAGCAGUUCAAGCCGAAGGAGAAGGCACAGGCCCUGACAGGCCCCAGCGGCGCCGCCCCGCCCAAGGAGCUGGUCAAGUCGGGCAUCGAGGGCAUCCUGAAAGAAGUCCUCGGGGACGACACCUUAAGCGACUUCUCGGCCCCCUUGAUGGACCUGGGCCUGGACUCCCUGGCAGCAGUGGAGUUCCGGAACCGCGUCCAAGCCUCGUUCGAGGGCGUCCGCUUGGCCUCGACCAUCAUGUUCGACUACCCCACCGUCGCAGACCUCACGGACUUCAUCCUUUCCCAAUUCGCCCCGGACGAGGACGAAGGCGGUGCGGGCGCCUUGGGCGACGCGGGCGCUGCCAUUCGCGAGCCGCUGGGCGUGGUGGGCAUCGCUGGCCGUUACCCAGGCAUGUCCGUCAGUAACGACAUCCAGGAAUACUGGAGCGCUCUCUGCUCCAGCGUGGACCCCAACCAAGAGAUUCCGAUCGAGCGCUGGGACGUCGACCAGUACUACGACGAGGACCGGCAGGCCGCAGGCAAGAUAUACGUGCGCACGGGCAUGUUCAUUCCCGCCGUUCAGGAGUUCGACGCCGGAUUCUUUGGCAUCAGCGAGCCCGAGGCUCGUGGGAUGGACGCCCACCAGCGCUUGAUGACCGAGGUGGCCUAUGAGAGUUUCCACUUGGCGGGCCAGUCUAAGGAAACGUUGAACGGAGUCGAGUGCGGGGUAUUCAUGGGCUGCUGCACGCUCACGGGCAUCGACGUACACGACGACGACAUCGGCCCUUUCACCAACAUCGGCGCAGGAAUCAGUGGCCUGUCAGGCCGCAUCUCCCACGCCCUCGGUCUGCGCGGCCCCUGCUUCGCCAUCGACACGGCCUGCUCGUCCACGUUGGUGGCCAUGGACUGCGCCAGCCAGGCCAGCCGCAUGGGCCGCCAGGAGAUGGGAUGUGUGGCGGGCGUGAACCUGCAGCUGCGCACUGACAUGUGGAUCGGCUUCUGCAAGAUGACAGGCCUGGCCCCCGACGGCCGCUGCAAGACUUUCGACGUCUCCGCCGACGGCUUCGCGCGCGGCGAGGGCGUCGGCUCCUUCAUCCUUCGCUUACGAGGCGCCGCGGAGUCCAAGGGCGAGGCGAUCUCCGCGAUCGCCCGGGGAAGCUGCGUGAAUCAGGACGGUCGCAGCGCGACGAUCACGGCGCCCAGCGGACCUGCGCAGCAGAGGGCUCUCACCGCCUCGCUGCGGGAUUCCGACCUGAAGGCUCUGGAGGUCACGCUGGUAGAGUGCCACGGGACAGGUACCUCACUGGGAGACCCCAUCGAGGUCGGGGCUCAGGAGAAGAUCUACGGCAAGGAGCGGUCCGACGACGAGAGCCUCAUACUGGCCGCGGGCAAGUCGUUCGCUGGCCACCUCGAGGGUGCUGCCGGCGUUGCUGGGCUGACCAAGCUGGUGCUGAUGAUGGAGCACCGGCAGGCGCCGCCGAACCUGCAUCUCAAGAAGAUGAACCCCAACAUCGACCUGUCCAGCUUCCCGACGGCCAUCCCCGACUCCAUGAUGCCGUGGAAGGCGGCAACCCUCUGCGGCGGAGUCAGCUCGUUCGGUUUCAGCGGCACCAAUUCGCACGUCAACACUGAGGAAGCGCCGAAGCAGUCGCCUGAGAUCACGGGUGCCGCCCUCGAGCGGCAUGCCCUCUCUUGGGCGAGGAAGGACAUGGCCUACCGGGAUUGGGCCAAGGAGCUCUUCUGGACGCUGUCCUGGCGCGCCACGCCGCUGCCGGACGGCGGCAAGGAGCCCGCCGAGGCGGGGGCUGUGCUCAUAGUCGGCGGCGGGGACCUCCAGAAGCCGCUGCUGGAGGCGCUGCCGACAGCGACUGCGGUGGCUGCGUCCGACGCCUCGGCCAUCUCCCAGCAGAGCUUCGGAAUUGUGAUCUUCGCGGAGACCGCCGUCGCUGACGAGCCCGCCUUGGAGGGAAGGACCACGGCCGCGCUGCUGGCCGUGGUUCAGGCCCUGGCCGCCUCCAAGAACGCUGUAGAGCUGGUGGUGCUGACCCGCGGCGCACAGGAGGCCAAGGCCGAAAGCUCGGACCAGGUCGGGGUUGGCCUGCUCGGAGCGGCUGCGUGGGGCUUCAUGCGCUCUGUGAGACUGGAGGCGCCGCACAUCCAGGCACGCUGCAUCGACUUCCCGCCAGACGAGGGCAAUCUGGCGAGCACGGUCGCCGACGAGCUUCUCGUGCCCCACAGCGAAGCGGACGCAGAGAUAGCCUACAUCGGGGGCGAGCGGUGCGUCCCCCGCCUUGGCCAGGGCAGCAUCCCGACUUCGAGCUUCAGCGCGAGGCCCGACGGCGCAUACCUGGUCACCGGCGGCCUUGGCGGCCUCGGUCUCAGCAUCGCGCAGGACUUAGUCGACAAGGGCGCCGGCUGCGUCACGCUGGUCUCGCGCAGCGGCAGGACACCAUCGGGCGACGCGAAGCUUGCCAGUAUGUUGGAGACGCUGCAGUCGUCCACCGCCGAAGUGCGCGCCUGGUCUUGCGACGUGUCGGACUCCAGCAAGAUGACUGAGCUGUUGAAGAAAAUGGGCAGCGAGCUAACUGACUUCCCGCUGAGGAGCGUCGUGCACGCCGCGGGCGUUCUCGAGUUCCUCGACCUAGCUGCUCUUACGUCCGAGGGCGUGGAGAAGGUGUUCAAGCCCAAGGUUUCUGGCGCCUGGAACCUGCAUCGCCACGUUGACGGGGCUUCGCUCGACUCAUUCGUGCUCUUCUCGUCGGUAUCGGCGCUCAUCGGCCUUUCGCGGGGCGUCACGUACUCGGCCUCCAACGCGUACCUGGACGGCCUGGCGCUGUGGCGGCGCGCGCAAGACAUGCCUGCCACGAGCAUCCAGUUCGGCCCCGUGUCGGAAGUGGGCAUGACGGCCAACGCAGAGCAGCACGGCCCUUCGGACGCCGCGCUGAAGAUGGUGUCGCCGAAACACGUGCAAGCGGCGUUUGCGAGAGCAAUCUCCGGUUCGAAGGUCCCGCCAUCGCUGCUCUUUGCGCGUGCUGAUUGGACUGGUUUCCUGGAGCAGAUGGGCACUGGCGUGCCAGUGCUGCUCGACUUCACCGCCAAGGGCGACGCAUCUGGUAGCGGAGGUUCGGCCUCCGUUUUCCAAGGCAUGUCCGCUGGCGAGAUCGGCGAUACGGUGUCCAGACUAGUGCUGGACGUGGCAGCGGGGGUCCUGGGCGAGGAGAUCCACGCUGACGCGCCGCUCAUGGAGUCUGGUCUCGACUCGCUCACGUCCGUGGACUUCCGCAACCAAUGCUCGAAGAAGCUCCCAGGGCUCAAGCUGCCCAGCACGCUCAUGUUCGACUACCCAAGCGUCUCGGCGAUCGCACAGUACGCUGCGAGCAAGCUCGCCCCCGCCUCUGUGUCGCCAGCCGCGGCGGCGCUCGCGGGCACUGCGGGCGCCACGGUCCUUACCUCGGAGGGCGUGCCCGUUUCGGUGUUGUCCAGGGGCUGCAGGUUUCCGGGCGACGCGAACUCGCCAGGCGAGUUCUGGUCGGCGCUCGUGGCGAAGGGCGACGGUGUCGUGCCCAUCCCCUACGAACGCUGGGACACCGACGAGUAUUACGACCCCUCCCCGGGCACCACAGGCAAGAUGUACGUGAAGCACGCGGGCUUCAUCAAGGGAGUCGAGAACUUUGACACCGCGCUCUUCAGCAUCUCCCCGGCAGAGGCGGCCACAAUGGACCCACAGCAGCGGUUGCUGCUCGAAGUAACGCACGAGUCGUUCGAGAGGGCGAAGGGCAACGAAAAGAUGUCCAUGGACGUCGGCAUCUUCGUUGGAGAGUGCAACAACGAUUGGGGCCACUUCAAGAACCUGGAGACCGACAAGAUGAACCCGUUCAGCGGCACAGGAGGCUCCGUCUCCAUCUCGGCCAAUCGCAUCUCUUACGUCUUCGGAUUCAAAGGCCCCAGCGUCGCUUCGGACACGGCGUGCUCCUCGUCGCUGGUGGCGCUCGACCAGGCUGUGUCAGGCUUGUGGCGCGUGCGUUGCAGCAGCGCCGUUGCGGCUGGCGUGAACUUGGCCCUCUUGCCGGGCCCGUUCAUCGCGUGCUGCCAGGCGCGGAUGCUCUCGGAGGAGGGUCGUUGUAAGACGUUCGACCAGUCGGCCAACGGCUAUUCGCGCGCCGAGGGUUGCGGCGCUGUCGUCGUCCGGCGCCAGCCGGAGACCACGCUGCAGACGGUUCUGCCGGCGGUCAGCGGCACUGGCGUCAACCAGGACGGCAAAAGCUCUAGCCUGACAGCGCCGAACGGUCCCGCGCAGCAGGAGGUCAUCCUCAUGGCUUGGAAGGACUCCCCAGUCGUCCCCUCGGGGGCCGACUACGUGGAGACGCACGGGACCGGCACCGAGCUGGGCGACCCCAUUGAGGUGGGGGCCCUCAGCGCUGUCAUGGGGCCCGGGCGUAGCUCAGAGAUCCUCGUCGGCGCGGUCAAGUCGAACGUUGCCCACUUGGAGGGCGCGGCUGGCAUCGCUGGCCUCGUGAAGAGCAUCUCCGUGCUCAGUCUCGGCAAGGUGCCACCGAACAUCCAUUUGCACAGCCUCAACCCGCACAUCGACGUCUCCGACUUCAGGGUCACAUUCCCCGCCGACGGUGUCGUGGACAAGGAGGUCAAGAGCGCUGGCCUGUCGUCGUUCGGCUUCGGUGGCACCAACACCCACGUCUCCAUGGCUGCAGCGGCUGGGGAGGCUCAGGUCGACCCCAAGGAGACGGAGCCCGCUGUUUUCAAUCGGCAGCGCUUCGCAUGGUAUCAAGUCAAGCACCCGCUGUCGGUCGCUGGGCGCCCAGGGGACCAGCCCGGACUGACGUGUUUCCACGCGCCGAUCCAGAACAAGUUGGUGGAGCUGCUGUCGCACCACAUCAUCUACGGAGAGAUCGUGGUACCAGGAGCAACCUACAUGGAAAUGACCAUCGCCACCGCUGCGUACCGCUACGGACGCGAUGGCGGCAAAUUCUGGCUCGAGGGCAUCGGCUUCCAGAGCCCAUUAGUCCUGCGGGAGGUAGACGGCGAGCUGACCGAGCCCAAGGAUUUGAUGCUCCAUGUGCGCGACGACGGGCGCUUCUCGAUGAACAGCGGCUACGGUGGCGAGAUCAUGGCCACACACUGCGAGGGCUCCUUGCACCUGCACGGUGGGCUGGCCGAGCAUAACACGAUGAAUGUGGCAGAGAUCAAGGCCCGUUGCCCGGAGGUCGUCGAGGACUCCCGCAUGUAUGUGCCGUUCGCGAACAUCGGCCUGCCUCUGCAGCCGCGCUUCCGCACUGUACGCACGAUCGACCGCAGCGGAGACGAGAUCAUCGCCUGGGUGGCCGCUUACGAGGACGGUACGAACCAGGGCAUGCUGUUCGGCCCCGCCGUCAUAGACGGCUCGUUCCAGGCCAGCUGCGCAUUCCAGAAUUUGGAGGCGUUGCCGAGCCUGAGAAUCCCGUUGUCCAUCGACCGCCUGACCAUCUACGGCCAGGGCUACAGCCAGAAGGUGUGGGUGCACCACACGCUACUCGAGAACUCCGACAAGCAGCUGGAGUCCAACGUGGUACUCGCCAAAGACGACGAGGUGAUCAUCAUGACCAUGGACCGCAUGCGCCUGCGCGAGGUGCGCCCCGAGCACAUCGCGAAGAUGCUCGCGGCGUCGGCUGGAGACGCGGACGAAGACAUCCUGGAGGUCGAGUGGUCCACCAUGGACGUGAAGAGCUCGAGCGCCACAAAAGACCUCGGCAAGGUGAUGUUCGUGGGCGCCGAUGCGGACCUGCAGCAGGCGCUCGCGGCCAAGUUCCCGCAGUCUGCCUUCUCGGACUCGCCAGACUUCGAGAAGGACAAGUGCGCGUUUGCCGUGUACGUCGGAGCGCUCGGCGCGGAGUCGGAAAUGCAGACCCUGGACGACGCAAUGGGUCUCGCGCAGCAGGCCAUCGCCAAGAAGAAGCCGGGGACGAUGUGGUGGAUCACCUGCGGCACGCAGACCGCGCCGCUCGGCGGCUACAUGCACGCAGGCCUGUGGGGGAUGGCGCGUACCUUCCGCAUGGAGGAGCGCUCUGUGGUCCUCCGCUGCUUGGACCUGGACGGCAGCGCGCACUGCGGCGCAGAGGUCGUGGCAGAGGCGCUGCACAGCUGGCUGGGCAGGCUGGGCGGUUCUGGGGACGUGGCCUCGGAGAGCGAGGUGGCAGUACGCCUGCAGGACGGAAAAGAGCUGGCGUUCGUGUCCAGGCUCACGCGCAGCGCGACGGUGCUCACGAAGCCCGGCAUGCUGGCGAUGUCCGCCCGGGGAAGCUUGUCGAAUUUGAGGCCGGUGGUCCAGGACAGUCGCGACAAGCCGGCCGCCCACGAGGCCGAGGUGCGCAUCCGCGCGGUCGGCCUCAACUUCCGCGACGUCCUCAACGUCAUGGGCCUGUACCCAGGAGACCCAGGGCCGCCAGGCGCCGACUGCGCGGGCACAGUGCUGACGGUAGGCGCGGACGUGAAGCACAUCGUUCCCGGCGACGACGUGUUCGGCGAGAGCCCGGGGUGCCUCAAGACCUACAAUUGCAGCAAGGCGUCGCUGCUCACGCAGAAGUCGCCACAGUGGACUUUCGAGGAGUCGUGCUGCAUGCCAGUCAUCUUCGGCACCGUGGAGGAGGCGCUGGGGGACUUGGCGCGGCUCGGCAAGGGCGACUGCGUCCUCAUCCACGCCGCCGCUGGCGGCGUGGGCCUCGUUGCGAUCCAGUACGCCCAGUACGUGGGCGCCAAGAUCAUUGCCACCGCAGGUGCCAAGGAGAAGCACGACUACCUCCACAGCCUCGGCGUCAAGUACACCACCAGCAGCCGGGACGGCUCGAAGUUUGAGGAAGACAGCAAGCAGUUCUUGAAGGAGAUGAAGAUUGAGGGCAUCGACGUCGUCCUCAACAGCCUCAGCCACGACGACUACAUCCCCCGGUCCCUGGCACUGCUCAAGAAGGGCGGCCGCUUCAUGGAGAUCGGCAAGCGAGGAAUCUGGAGCCACGCGAAGAUGUUCGGGGAGCGACCCGACGUGAUCUAUGAGAAGAUCGUGACCGACACUAUGAUGGACCUCUCCGAGUGGGAGUACAACGGAUACCUGAAGCGAUUGCUCGGGCGCGUGGAGGCGGGUGGACUGAAGCCGAUCAACAUGCAUGUGUUCGAGGGCAUGGAGAGCGGUGUGAAGGCGGCGCAGUUCCUGCAGCGCGCCCAGAACAUCGGCAAGGUGGUCAUCAGCACCCCGAGCACCAUGGGGCUGAUGCCGUCCACAGAGUACAUCCUAAGCGGCGGCAUGGGUGCCCUCGGAAUGGUCACUGCACAGUAUAUGAUCGAGGAGGGCGGCAAGGUCCUGAGCCUCUUGUCCAGGAGCGGAAGGCCAGCCGCGGACGUGGCGGAUAUCUGGGAGCGCCUGCAGUCGACCAGCGCCACGGUGCUGUCGAGGGCGUGCGACAUCUCGAGCAUGGACGCCGUUCGGGAGCUAGCCGCGGCCAUGGCCGCCGACGGGGCCAAGCGGUCGCCGGCAACUGCAGCUGGCGGUGUUGUGCACCUGGCCGCUGUGCUUGACGACGCCACGCUGCCGAAGCUGACGCGCGCCCACCUGGAGAAGUCGUAUGGCGCCAAGGUCUGGGGCGCGAGGCAUAUGCACUGCGAGCUGGCCCCCGCGUCGGGACCGCUGCAGUUCAUGCUGAUGUUCUCCUCCACUUCUGCACUUCUCGGGUCUCCAGGCCAGGCCAACUACUCGGCAUCGAAUUCCGCGCUUGACGCGCACGCCAGGUACUGGAAGCAGGAGGGCGAGAACACGUGGAGCGUACAAUGGGGCCCCUGGAAGGAAGUGGGCAUGGCCACGCAGGGCAGCACCAUCGACCGCCUCCAGAAGUCGGGCGUCUACGGACUCACUAACGCGAACGGCAUGGCCGCGCUGGCCUGUGCGCUGAAGGCUUCCAACGCCACCAUCGUUGCGCAGCCCAUGCGUUGGUCUUUGUACCUGAAGCCAUAUGCGAGCUCGAAGGUCCCAGCCUUCCUGUCUCGCUUUGGGGCCGAGCUGAAGGUCGAGAAGAAGAAGCCAGCCGCGUCAGCGAUGGCCGCGGCGCCAAGAUUUGCCCAGGCGGCGGCCGCCCCGGCCGUCAGCGAGCAGAGCUUGCGCGUCAUGCUGCAGAAGAUCGCGUCGGAGGUGGCGGGCCAGAGCCAGAUCGAGGAGGACACCCCGCUGAUGGAGUCUGGCAUGGACUCGCUUUCUGCGGUGGAGUUCCGCAACCGUUUCUCCAGCGAGAUGCCCCAGGUGCAGUUGCCCAACACUCUCAUAUUCGACUACCCGAGCGUCAAAGCCAUCGCUCAGUUUGCCUCCAGCCAGAUCGCCCCAGCAGGUGCGCAGGCCGUCGGCGCUGGCUUCGCAGCUGCGCCAGUGGCGACAGGACCCAGCCCCGACGAGGUGAACCAGUUGAUGCGUCGGAUCGCUGGGGAGACGACGGGCAGCACAGUCGAGGACGACGUGCCACUCAUGGAGUCGGGCAUGGACUCGCUGUCCGCGGUCGAGUUCCGUAACAGGCUGUCCGGUGAGCUGCCCGAUUUGCAGUUGCCCAACACGCUCAUCUUCGACUACCCGACGCUGCGCUCUGUCGCUGACUACGCCGUGUCCCAGAUCGCCACAGUCGCUCCCAGUGGCGCCGUGGCUCAGGGCGGCGCACCGCGCACGGGGGGGGCCUUCAACGAGGCGCUGGCGCUUACAGGCAUGGCGUGCCUGUUCCCCGCCGGUUCCAGCAGUUGUGACCUGCUCUGGUGCGGCCUCACGCGCGGCACCGACGGGGCGGUGGAGGUGCCGUUCACGCGUUGGGAGCUCGAGGAGUGGCAGGACGACAAUGCCGACGCGCCAGGCAAGAUGUACCCGCGCCACGGCAACUUCAUCGAGGGCGCGGAGAAUUUCGACGCCGCGUUCUUCGGCAUUACACCACCAGAGGCGCGGGCGAUGGACCCGCAGCAGAGGCUGGUACUCGAGGUCGCGCACAACAGCCUGCGCGACGCAGGCUUCGACAAGUCGGCCCUCAUGGGCGCGUACGUGGCCGUGCACGUGGGCCAGACCAACAACGACUGGAUCCAGAUGCAGGCGCAGGACCUGAAGAAGAUUACGCCCUACACGGCGACGGGCAUGUCUGCGUCCAUCUCCGCCGCGCGCGUCUCUUAUUCCCUCGGAGUGAAAGGACCAGCCUACAUCGUCGACACGGCGUGCUCCUCUGCACUGGUUGCCCUCGACACCUCCGCGGUGACGAUGCGCCGGACUCAGUGCAUCGCGGGCGUCAGCCCUGCGUGCAACGUUAUGGCGCACCCGUCCACCUACAUCAGCUUCAGCAAGCCGCGCAUGCUGUCGCCCCAGGGCCGCUGCCUCACCUUCGACGCGUCGGCCGACGGCUACUGCCGUGGCGAAGGCGCUGGCGCGGCAGUGUUGCAGCGUAUGGCUGAUGCAGGCGGUAAUGCCAGGGCGAUGCUGCGGGGCGUGGCCCUGAACCAGGACGGGCGCAGCUCGACGCUCACGGCGCCCAACGGCCCGUCGCAGCAGAUGGUGAUGAAGGUGGCGCUGGAGGAGGCUGGCAUGACGCCGCAGGACGUCACGCACAUGGAGUGCCACGGCACCGGGACGCCGCUGGGCGACCCGAUCGAGGUGGGUGCUUUGCAAGUCGUCAACGUUGGACGUGCGACGGCCGCUCCACUGCUGCUCGUGGCCGUGAAGGCCAACAUGGGCCAUCUGGAGGGCGCCGCCGCCUCCUCUGGGCUGCUGAAGCUGGUUCAGGUGCUGUCGAGUGGCAGGAGCGUCUCCACUAUUCACCUGCAGACGCUCAACCCGAACUUGCAGGCUCUCGACUCUCUGCCGUCCCUGUUCGCCACGGAGAACUUGACGCUCUCGUCGCGCCGCAUGAGCGGCGGCCUCUCCUCCUUCGGCUUCGGCGGCACCAACGGGCACGCGGUGCUUACGGAGGUCGACGAGACUGGUUCUUUGCCGGAGCCGGCUCAUUUGGCGCCGGUUGUGUACACUAGGCGCAAGUUCCCGUGGCGCGACCCGGGGUACCGCUUCCUGCGGGGGCGGCCGGCCGACGGGCAGUUCGAGGUGGUGAUGAAAUGCGACGUGUACGACGUCGUCAAGCACCACAUCGUCUUCGGAUCCAUCGUCGUCCCUGGAGUUGUUUACGCGGAGAUGGCACUGGAGGCGACAAGGGAGCUUUUCGGCCACGCCGCGCGCGUCACUGACAUGACGAUGGUCUUCCCUUUCGUCGUGCCAUACAGAACCAGUGGGGCGGAGCCGCCAGCCACGAUGCGUUUCGUAUUGCGAGGCGAUAAGAAUUUUGAGAUUCAGAGCACUUCUGCCACAGGCGCCACCACUACCCACGCCGAGGGCGGCAUCGACCUCAAGGAGGGCCCCAACGACGAGGUGCGCUCGAAGCCCGUGGAUCUCGAGGAGGCGCGCAACCGCAUCACCGAGGUCGUCCCCGUCGCGGACGUGUAUUCCGCCAUUGACGGGGUCGGCUUGUGGCUUGGCCCGAUGUUCCAGGUGGCCAAGCAAUUGUGGCGGAAGGAGCCCGACGAGGAGGGCGGCCCCAUCGAAGUCCUGGGUCGCUUGGUGCUCGACCCGAGCGUGCCCAACGUUGGGUACUGCGUGCACCCUGCGUUGUUCGACGGCACCAUCCACACGCUGGGCACGGCGUCCAUUGGCAAGAACGUCAAUGACCUGAAGAUCUUCGGAGGCGUGGGCAGGGUCACCGUGCUGCAGAAGGAAAACUUCUCCCAGCUGGAGGAGUACUGGAUCCUGCUGAACAUCAAGGAGAAGCUGGAGGCGUCGGAGACUUUCGACGUGACUGUCAUGAACAGCAGCGGCACACCGGUCUUCAUCAUGGACGACGUCGUUUUCAGGAAGGUGUUGCCAGAGCAGAUCCAGAUGGCCAUCGCCGCCCAAAGCACCGUGGAAGACGACCACAAGAUGUACGAGGUGGAUUGGGUUCCAGUCUACAAAGAAGACGCUGAGGCAGAGGCCGAGACUACCGCAGACGAGAAGGAAUGGCUCGUGAUCGCGGAGGACGCGUCCCUGCAGGCGCAGCUGAAGGCGGAGCUGGGCGCGAGCCACACGUACACGACGUCCGCCGAGGCACCUCUAGCAGACUUGGCGCAGUUCUCGAAGGUGUUCGGUUUUGCUGGGCUCAGCUCGGAGUUGUCCGCACUGGACGUCCUUGAUUCCACGCUGAAGCUCCUGCAGGCGGCCGCGAAGACCGCCGAUGCGCCGCAGGUGUGGCUGGCGACGCGGCAGACCCAGGCUGCAUCUGGCCAGAGUGACCUGGAGGGCGCCGCCGUGCCCACGCACGCUGGCAUCUGGGGCAUGGUGCGCACCUGGAGGAACGAGCAUCCCGACAAGGAGGCGGCGUGCAUCGAUGCCGACGCGGGAGCCGGACUGCUGCAGCAGAUGCUCCGCGCGGCGAAGCUGGGCGCCACGUCGGAGCCCGAGUUGGCGGAGCGGAGCAGCGCGCUGCUGGCACCGCGGCUGGUCGACUGCACUGCCAAGGUGGAGGUGGAGAUUACGGAGCCCAUCACUUUCCCGGUCGACGCGACGUACGUCAUGAGCGGCGGGACCGGAGCUCUGGCGCUCCUCUUCGCGCAGUGGAUGAUGGGCAAGGGCGCCAAGCACUUCGCCCUGCUGUCCCGGAGCGGCAUGCCACAAGCGGACUCCAAGGCCGCCUUCCGAAAAGUGGAGGGCAAAGCCACUGUGCAGAAAUGCGACAUCGCCUCCGCAUCCGACGUCAAGCGCGUGUUCGCUGGGUUGACGGGCGUGAAAGGCAUCGUGCACGCGGCCGGCACCCUGGCCGACGGCAUGGCUGCCGACAUGGACAGGUCGAAAUUGGAGACCGUGAUGAAGGCCAAGGUGGACGGCACUUUGAACUUGCACGAGGCUGCCUCGGGCUUCGAACUGGACCACUUCUGGAUGUUUUCUUCCGUGGCAACAAUGAUUGGAUCCGUGGCGCAGUCCAACUACGCCGCUGCCAACGCAUUCAUGGACUCGUUUGCAGUCCACCGCCGCGCCAACAGCCUCGCCGCUCUGAGCGUCCAGUGGGGCCCUUGGGCCGACGUGGGCAUGGCGGCGCGCGCUGGCACGGCGGAGGGCAGCAUUGCCCGCAUCGACGUGCAGCGCGGCCUGGAGGUGAUGGAGGCGAUACUGACGAGCCAGUCCGUGCUGCACAGCGGCGUCGUAGGGGUGGCACGCAUCAAGUGGAAGUCGCUCAUGGGCCAGCUGCCGAAGGUGCCGCCGCUGCUGAUGAAGUUCGGCGGUGGAUCCGCGUCCAAGUCGGCCGUAGCGAUGCCGGCGGGCGGCAUGACCAUGGACGACAUCAAGACUGUGGUCGUGGGCGUGCUCGCGGACGUCAUGGACAGUGGUUCGGACGACCUUGACCUCUCCACGCCGCUCAUGGAGAUGGGACUGGACUCACUCGCGGGCGUGGAAUUCAGGAAUCGGCUGCAGGCGUCAUUCGAGGGCCUCGCGCUCUCGUCGACUCUCAUGUUCGACUACCCCACCGUUCCGGACCUCGUGGACUUCAUCUACUCGCAGGUGGGUGCCUCAGGGGAGGAGGAGGACGGGGUGGGCGGCGGCGCAAUCGGCGACGCAGGGAUGCAGCUGUGCCUGUCGGGCCACGCGGGCCGCUACCCAGGCUGUUUGGUGAACGACGUGUCGCAGUACUGGCACAUGAUGAGCAUGGGCCAGGACACCACCGCAGAGCUUCCCCCUGAGCGUUGGGACAUCGACGCCUACUACGACCCUGACGUGGACGCGCCUGGGAAGACGUACGUGAAGCUCGGCCACUUCAUCCCUGGCGUCGAGCACUUCGACGGCGACUUCUUCGGUGUGCACGAGGGCGAGCAGCGCGCCAUGGACCCGCACCAGCGCUUGUCGCUCGAGAUCACGUACGAGGGCAUGCACGCCGCUGGCUUCAAUAAGGACACUCUCCAGGGCCUGGACUGCGGGGUGUACGUGGGAUGCUGCAACAUCGGCGGCACAGACGUGGACUUGAAUGCCCUCGGGCCCUACUCAAACAUCGGAGCGGCGUACUCCGGCUGCUCUGGCCGCGUGUCGCACGUGUUGUCGUUGCGCGGUCCGUGCUUCACGGUUGACACGGCUUGCUCCUCCACGAUAGUGGCUUUGGAUUCUGGUUGCCAGGCGAUCCGCGUGGGCAAGUGCAAGAACGCCGUGGCUAGCGGAGUGAACGUGCAGUUGGCUGCGUCCAUCUGGAUUGGCUUCUCGAAGAUGCGUGGCCUGGCUUUCGACGGUCGCUGCAAGACCUUCGAUGCCCGAGCCGACGGCUUCGCUCGCGGCGAAGGCCUUGGUUGCGCGAUGAUCCAGCCGAUAGCGCAGCUCGAGGACGAGGGCUACAACUUGGCAACCCUGAGCGGCGUCUCCACGAACCACGACGGGCGGGCUGCUACAAUCACGGCCCCGAACGGCACAGCGCAGCAGCGGGUGAUCCGCAGCGCGCUGUCCGAGCGCGGCACGCAGCCAGAUGAGGUGACGUGCGUCGAGUGCCACGGCACGGGUACCGCACUGGGUGACCCGAUCGAACUCGGCGCCCAGAAGGCGGUGUACAGCAAGGGCCGCAGCGAGGACGCGCCGAUGGUCCUGGCGGCAAUCAAGUCCAACAUCGGCCACCUCGAAGGCUCCGCGGGCAUUGCCGGUAUCAGCAAGGUCAUACUCAUGUUGAACAGCAAGCAGAUUCCAGGGAAUCUCAUGCUGGAGACGCUUAAUCCGAACAUCGACCUCUCAGGCUACCCCGUGCUGAUGCCCGACUCGUUGAUGGAGUGGAAUGGCACGAGACGCUGUGCUGUCUCCUCGUUUGGCUUCAGCGGCACAAAUGGCCACGGUAUCGCGGAGGCGCCCUCGCACACGGGGGAGAAGCCCAAACGGCCGCUGGUUCAGCUGAACAGGAAAGUUGUCGGCCCUUAUCGCGAGUGGCUCGACACGGUCAUGUACAGGGAGGAGUGGAACGCGUCCCCGGCCACGCUGAGCGUGCCAUUGAGCGGCAAGACCCUCGUGAUGGGCAGCGGCGAGACAGCCGAUGCAGCGUGCAAGGCGCUGACGCCCAGCACGAAGGCUGACCUGGCAGGCUUCACCGCCAAGGACGUCGCGGCGGCCUUCGCCACAGAGAGCGUUCAGGCCGCGGUGCUCACGCGGACGCUGGGCGCGAGCGACGCGCUGCCCGGGACAGCCCUGCAGGAGGCGCUGGCCUUCCUCCAGGGAGCCCAGCUGGCGAACGCCAAGGCGCCGAAAACGCUCGUGGUCGGCACCCGGGGCACCCACGACUCGCAGCGUAAGCAAUUCGACGCGGGAUCUGCCAUUUGGGGUCUCGUGAGGACGGCCCGCAUGGAGAUGCCGAAGACCGUGAUCAAGGUCGUCGACGUGCCGAUGGGCGCGACCGCGGAGGCGGCUGCGAGGAUGCUGGCGGACGAGCUGCAGGAGCCCGAGACGGAGGUGGAAGUGGCCUACACCACACAGGGCCGCUGCGUGCCGCGCGUCGUGAAGGACCCAGCGGCGGCGAGGUCCCUGCAGAUGCGCGACGCUAUGCAGGACAAGCGGCUCGUGAGCGGGCUCCACAUUGUGACCGGCGGCCUCGGAGGGCUGGGCUUGGUCGCGGCACGGCAGUUGGCCGAGCUGGGCGCUGAGGAGGUCAUGUUGGUCUCCCGCAGCGGCAAGCUGGCGCAUGGCCAGGGCCUCGAGCCGCAGCUCGCCUGGCUCGAGUCGCACCAGGGCAUGACGCUGCACACACGCAGCUGCGACGUGUCGUCGGCCGCGGGCGUAGCCUCGCUUGUUAAGGACUGCAAGGACAACGUCCAAAGCCCGGCGGGCAUCGUGCACGCAGCGGGCGUGCUGGACAGGUGCUCGCUCGCCGAUCUGACUUUCGAGCGGAUGUCCAAGACGCUGGACCCCAAGGCGGCCGGCGCCUGGCACUUGCACAGCAGCACUGAGUCCCUGGACCUCGGUUUGUUCGUGCUCUUCUCGUCCGUCUCAGCCGUGGUCGGGCUGGCAGGCGGCGCGGCCUACUCGGCGGCCAACGCGUACUUGGACGGCCUCGCCGAUUGGCGGUACUCCAGGCAGGGCGGCGUCAGUUUGAAGUGGGGGCCCGUGUCCGAAGUCGGCAUGACGGCCGCCGCGAACGCAGACUCGCACCUCGAGGGCAUGUCUCUCAAGACGCUUUCGCCGGCGCAGGUUGCCAGUGCGCUGCGCCUGGCGCUGACUUUGCCGGGGCCGAAAGCCAUGCCGUCCAGCGGGCUGCUGCUUGCCAGGGUGGACUGGGCCGCCUUCGUUCGCGAGACGGGUGCGGAGAUCCCACAGCUUGUGGACUUCCAGGAUGUGGAGGUCGGCGGCACCAGCGACGCGGCAGGCAAGGCUGGUGCCCUUGCGGCGAUGUCGUCCGAUGACCGCACGGCAGCGGUGUUGAAGUCCAUCCGCGGGGCGGCCACAAGCAUGGGCUUGGAAGUCGAGGACGAGACACCUCUGAUGGAGGCUGGCAUCGACUCCCUCUCCGCGGUGGAGUUCCGCAACCGAGUCUCGGGGGAGUUCCGGUCCGUGAAGCUGCCGAGCACCUUGAUGUUCGACUACCCAACCUUGGCGUCGCUGGCCAACUACGUCUCAGACCAGCUCGAGGGCGCGGCGCCGUCGGCUGCGGCUGCGGCGCAGAUCUCGAAGGGGUCGUCGGCCGCGAGGCGUGCAGCAAGCUCGGCGCCCGGCGGCGGCAAGGACCAACUUGCCAUCCUGGGCGCCGCGUGUCACCUGCCAGGCGACAGCUGGGCGCUCGAGUCUUUCGCUGCCACGCUGAUGGCCGGAGUGGACUGCAUCCAGGAGGUUCCGUACAGCCGAUGGGAUUCUGGCGAGUAUUACGACCCCGAGGCGAGCACGGGCUUGAAGAUGUACGUGCAGCACGGCGGCUUCAUCGAGGGGGGCGAGCUCUUCGCCGCCGCCCACUUCAACAUCGUGAAGCCAGAGGCGGAAACCAUGGAUCCUCAGCAGCGCCAUCUGCUGGAAGUAUCGUUCGAGGCCUUCUUGGGCGCGAAGAUCGAGAAGAGCACCCUGAUGGGGAGCCUCACGGGCGUCUUCGUGGGACAGGACAAGUGCGAUUGGAAUCGCAUGAUCUCUGGUUCUCAGGGCGGCCCCUACGCGGCGACAGGCGGCUCUUCGUCAAUCUCCGCGAACCGCAUCUCCUACGUGCUGGGGCUCCGCGGCCCCAGCGCCACCAUCGAUACCGCAUGCUCCUCCUCGCUCGUGGCCGCGGACACUGCUGCUGCCACGCUGCGCCGCGGGAGAGCUGACCUGGCCACCGUCUGCGGCGUCAACAUGCUGCUUCUCCCGCAGACUUUCGUCGCAUGCUGCCAGGCACACAUGCUGUCCGCGGGCGGCCGGUGCCGCACGUUCGACAACACCGCCUCGGGCUACGCGCGCGGGGAGGGCGCAGGAGCUCAGACGCUCGAGAGGAUCGGCGACAAGCACGCGCUCGCAGAGCUGCGGGGCUCGGCCCUCAACCAGGACGGCCGCAGCUCGAACCUCACCUCGCCCAACGGACCGUCGCAGCAGGCCGUUGUGCGCGAGGCGCUCUCGGAGGCUGGCAUCGCGCCCAGCGCGCUGCACGCGCUGGAGACCCACGGUACCGGCACCGAGCUGGGCGACCCGAUCGAGUUCGGGGCAUUGCAGGCGGUGCUCGGCGGAACCGACAGGCAGAGGCCAGUGAUGCUCGGAGCUGUCAAGUCCAACAUCGGGCACCUGGAGGGUGGCGCAGGCCUCGCGGGCCUCACCAAGCUUGUCGCAAUGCUGCGCCAGAGGCGCAUGCCGGCGAACCUGCACCUGCGAGACUUGAACAGCCACAUAUUCGAGGACCUCGAAAAUUUCCAGGUCGGUUUGCCAACCGAGACCAUUCACUUGGUCGAGAAGAUGACGACCGCGUCCGUCUCGUCGUUCGGCUUUGGCGGCACGAACGGCCACGUCGCGCUCCAGACUGCAGAGAAGGAGCUGCCCCAGGCCGCGAAGGCGAGCAAGAGGGUCGCCAUGCUCUUCACUGGGCAGGGCUCGCAGUACGUGGGCAUGGCCAAGGGUCUCUACGAGACGGAGCCGGUGUUCCGCGAGGCGCUGGACAGGUGCGCCAAGGUAUUGGACGGCUUGCUUCCCCAGCCGCUGCUGAAGGUGAUGUACGCGCCAGAGGGCAAGAGCGAAGGCCUGCUGAACCAGACGCAGUUCUCCCAGCCUGCCAUCUUCUCUGUACAGUAUGCUCUCUCAGAGCUCUGGAAGUCCCGCGGAGUGGUGCCCUGCGCCGUCCUCGGCCACAGCGUCGGCGAGUACGCCGCGGCGGUCUCUGCUGGGGCGCUUUCUCUUGAGGACGGUCUGCGCCUCAUCGCGGCUCGCGGGCGGUUGAUCGCGGAGAAAUGUGAGACGGGUGUGGGUUCGAUGUUUGCCCUCUUCACGCCUGAGGCCGAGGUGCGACAGGCCCUAAAGAAGCUCGGCGACACCCAGGUGGCCAUUGCGGCCGUGAACGGCCCCAAGAUGACGGUAGUGAGUGGCAAGACCGCAUCUGUCGAGAAGCUCGCCGAGAUGAUUGGCGCGACGAGCCGCCCGCUGACUGUGUCCCACGCCUUCCAUUCGCCGCUCAUGGAGCCGGCGCUGGCACCCUUCCGGGCGGAGGUAGCCUCUGCUGCGCUGAGCCCCCCGUCGGGCACCAGGUUCUUCUCCACACUCCUAGGCCGCGAGGUGACCACAGAGGUUACAGAGGCUGACUAUUGGGUUGACCACAUUAAGGAUGCGGUUCUCUUCAACAAGGCGAUGCAGGCUCUGGACUCCGAAGUGAAGCCGGAUGCGUACCUGGAGGUGGGCGCUGCGCCAACAUUGGUAAAUAUGGCCAGGCGUUUCGUGUCCCGCGGUGUGGACUGGCUUGCGUCCAUGGACGAGAAGACGGGCGCCGACCCCGAGGUGUUCCAGAAGUCGCAGGACCAGAUUGGUGCCAAGCUGCCAGCACCGUCUGCGACACUGAAGCGCCAGUCGUUUCCCUGGAGGGACGCCGGGCACCCACUGCUGCGGAAGAAGACGAUCCGCGCUGACGGCGCCACGGUGUACGGUUGCCUCUUCGGGGGGCACGUGUUGGAGCUCUUAUCGCACCACAUCGUUCACGGUGAGGUGGUCGUGCCAGGCGCCUGCUACCUCGAGAUGAUCGUCGCAGGGUGCACGCAGCACUUGGGCAAGGAACAGGCCUGGUGCAUUGAGGGCCUCGGCUUCGCCAAGCCACUGGUGCUGCGCCUGGUCGACGGCAAGUUGGAGGAGCCGACGGAGUUGCGGCUGGUCAUCCGCACCGACGGCGUAGUCGAAGUGGAGAGCGAGAUAGGCACGGACCCCGAGGACAGCAUCUGCUCCACGCACGUGGAGGCGACAUUGGUAUUACAGGCGGGCGGCUGGCAGGCCAAUCGCCCCGAGCAGGACUCUUUCAGCCUGGACAGGCUGCGCGCCCAGUGCUCAGAUGCGGUCGACAUCGACCUCAUGUACUCUUUCGGUCGCAAAAGCGGCCUGCCUCUGCAGUCGCGCUUCCGCACGGUGCGCCACUGUCAGAAGGGCAACCGCGAGUCCAUCGGGCGCCUCGAGAUGGAGCGCGAUGGUACGCACGUGGGCUUCUGGCUCGGUCCGUCCGUGAUCGACGGCUCGUUCCAGGCCUCCAUGGCCCUCGCGGACGCCGACGUGGGCAUCGGUACGCUGAAGAUCCCGCUGUCCAUUAAGCGCCUGCAGCCGGCAGGUCGGUCGUUCUCCAUAUCCGUGUGGUCAUAUUUCCAGCUGAUCGACUUCACUGACAGGUCGACCGUCUUCCGCUCAUGGCUCCUGAACGACGCCGGGGAGGCCCUGCUGUACUUCGACCACGUACACUUGCAGGAGGUCCGCGACGAGCACAUCCAGAAGGUCCUGCAGGCUUCUGGCCGGCAGGGCAAGGAGAAGGAGGCCCUAUACGGUGUGGAAUGGCGCGACGCGCCUGCUGGGGCUCCAGUGGCGUCUUCCACACAGGAGCGAUGGCUCGCCCUCGGCAGUGCGAAGGCCCUCGCCAAGCUCUCCCUCGAGGGCGACAAGCGCUUCCGAUCUGUAGCGCACGGCGGCCAGCUGGACUUGCUCGACGAGGGCGCGGUCCAGGUUCUCCUGUCGGAGAAGAGUUGGGAGGCAGUCGUGUUCGCCGAGGGCCUCUUGGAGGAGGCCGGGGACGUGGACGUCGUGACGAUGGCCAUGGCCCUCACACGUGCCGCCACCAAGUGCUCAAAGGCCCCCGAGCUGUGGCUCGUGACCGACGGCGCGCAGCCUCGCAGCUCGGACGACGAGGAGGCGAGGAAGGCGGGGUCCCCGAUUCACGCUGGCAUCUGGGGCUUCGCCCGGGCGGUGCGCAUGGAGUACCCAGGGGCCGUGGCUGUGAGGAGCCUGGACUUGGACCCCCUUCAGGCCAAGGCGGGCCGAGGUCUCGCGGACGCGCUCGAGUCGCACAGGGGCGGAGAGGACGAGCUCGCCCUGCACGCCAGCGAUGCGCGCACGGCAAGGCUCGCACGAAGCACGGUUGACUACAGGGGGCCCAUGCGCUUGAACAUGGCUGCCCGCGGGGCUCUCUCCAACCUGAAGCCCGUGGCCCAGGCUGUGCGCCGAGGAGUGGCGCCUGGAGACGCGAAGCUGCGCAUCCGGGCAGUCGGGCUGAACUUCCGCGACGUGCUGAACGUGAUGGGACUGUACCCAGGCGACCCUGGCCCACCAGGUGCGGAUUCUUCGGGCACUGUGAUCGAGCUGGGCGAGCGUGUCAAGAACGUGAGCAUCUGCGAGGAUGUGUUCGGCGAGUCUCCAGGCUGCCUGAGCACCUACAACAGCGGCCUUGCGGCCCUCCUCGCCACCAAGCCAGCGUCGUGGACGUUCGAGCAGGCGUGCGCGAUGCCCGUCAUCUUCGUGACCGUCGAGGAAUCGCUCGGCGACCUCGCCCAGCUGAAGAGGGGCGAGCGCGUGCUCAUCCACGCGGCCGCCGGCGGAGUGGGCCUCGUAGCCAUCCAGUAUGCGCAGUUCGUCGGAGCCGAGAUCUACGCGACGGCCGGCGCCGAGGAAAAGCACGAGUUCUUGCGUGGGCUGGGCGUGAAGAGGAUCACCAGCACGCGCAACGGGACGCAGUUCGAGUCAGAUAUGAAGCGCUUCCUCGAGGAAGACGGCGUGGAUGGCGUGGACGUCGUGCUCAACAGCCUGAGCCACGACGACUACAUCGGGCGGUCUCUGGCCGUCCUGAGGAAAGGAGGUCGCUUCAUGGAGAUCGGCAAGCGCGGCGUCUGGGGCCACGAGAAGAUGCGGAACGCUCGCCCCGACGUGAUAUACGAGAAGAUCGUGGCAGACAUCAUGAUGGAGAAGGAGUGUUGGAGGUACAACGAGUACUUGACGCGCCUCAUCGGCCGCGCAGACGCUGGCCAUCUGACGCCCAUCAACUCGCACGUCUUUGACGGCUUCGACCGCGGCAUUGCCGCCCUUCAGUUUCUGCAGAGGGCCAACAACAUUGGCAAGGUUGUGAUCAAUGAUUCAAGUAAGAUGGGAUGCAGGCCUGAGUGCACCAGUGUGUUGAGCGGCGGCAUGGGUGCUCUCGGCAUCGUUACCGCUCAGUUCAUGUCCGAGGAAGGGGCCAAGUCGUUGAGCUUGCUAUCGCGGGGCGGCACGCCUUCAUCGGACGCCCUGGCGCAGUGGGAGUGGUUGCAAAAGUCCACGGUGGAGGUGUUGGUCUCAAAGUGCGACGCGGGUCAGGCAGCCAGCGUGCAGGAGCUGGCUGCGAGCUUGGCCGGGAAGAAGUUGGGCAGCUUGUUGCACCUCGCGGGAGUGCUCGCGGACGGCAUGCUGCCGACUCUGACCAAGGAGCAUUUCGCGAAGUCCUACGGCCCGAAGGUGCAUGGCCUGCACAACCUGUGCGGGGCGCUGUCGUUCGAGGCAGACGCGAAGUUCUUGCUGUACUCGUCCACCUCGGCGUUGUUCGGAUCGCCAGGCCAGGCGAACUACUCGGCCUCCAACUCUGUGCUCGACUCGCUCGCGCCCCAUUGGACAGCCAAGGGUAUCCGCAGCGCAUGGUCCAUCCAGUGGGGCCCGUGGGCCGAGGUCGGGAUGGCGGUGCAGGCGAACACGCUGCAGCGCGCCAAGGCCAUGGGCGUCGGCGCGCUUGGCACAGCCCACGGCAUGGCCAUCAUGGGCAGCGUGUUGGCCAGCGGUGAACCCGUGGUCGGCGCCGCCAUCGUAAAUUGGGGCAAGUACAUCCGCAGCGCCUACCAGGAGACGCCGCGCUUCCUGCUCGACAUGGAGGCCGAGGCCCGCAAGGCGGCGCCCGCCAAGGCAGAUGGCGACGGCAGCUCCCUGGUCUUGGCCGGCCUCUCGGCGCAGGAGCGCCUGGAGGCUGUCACGAAUUUCUUACAGAACAUGGCACGCGAGGUCGUGGACAGCCAGGACCUCGGCCCGGACGACGCGCUGCUCGAGAACGGCCUGGACUCGCUCAGCGGCGUAGAGUUCCGCAACCGCUUGGUCGCGGAGUUCGAGACCGUUAAGAUGCCGAACUCGUUGGUGUUCGACCACCCCACCGUGAACGCGCUGGCGCUCUUCAUCAACGAGCAGCUUGGAGACGCUCCGGCCGCCGAUGCCACCUCGGCGUCCGCGCCAGCAAAGCAGACUUCCGCGGCAGAGGCAGCCCGGCUGAUCGAGCCGCUCAAUGACAGGACUUCAGGCGCCCCGCUGUUCCUGGUGCCUGGAGCAGGCAUGCAAGCAGGCGGCUUCCGUACUCUCGCGGGGUUGCUGCCUGUUCCCGCCUACGGCUUCUCGUGGCCCAAGGGCGCGUUCGCGCGCGAGCAGUGGCCCACUACAAUGGUGGGCUUGGCCACGCUCUUCUUCGAGCAGGUGCAGCUCAUUCAGCCGGAGGGGCCGUACCACUUCGCGGGGCACUCUUUCGGGGCCAGCGUUGCUGUCGAGAUGGCCCAGGUCGCUCAGAGCCGUGGCGCCGCGGUGGUUCUUGUUGGACUCCUUGAUGCUCGGAGCUUGCCCCCCUUCAACGUGGACAUCGGCAGUACUUUCUCCGAGACCACCCUCGUGGACAGCCUCGCCCUGCUGUCGGAGACCGCGGCUGACGGGUCCAAGUUCGUUGCUAACUUGGAAGAGAUCUCGAAGGCCACUGCCGCUGGGGAGAACGGCGAAUCCGCUUUGCGGCGGCUGCUGAACCCGGCCGUGGUCGGUAUGCUCGAGCACGUUCACGAGACGACGAAGUGGUACAGCCACCUCCUCGGCACCCACAAGUUCUCGGAUAAGAAGCUGCAGAAUGCGAAGGUGGUGGCCCUCGCGGCGGAGGAGACCUGGCUGCUUCCGAAACCGAAGUCGGAGACCUUGGCUCAGGCCAUGGUGCGCGACAUCCAGUCCAAGACCUUCCAGAGCAACGCCGAGGUCGCGGAGCGCCUCGGGGCUCUCUGCGGGUCCGUGGUCGUCUCAGCGAAGGCCCCGGGCACGCACUUCUCCAUGCUGCACGAGCCCGGCGCCGUGGGGGUCGCGCUCACCCUCUGCGGCGCGCUCAAUGAUUUGGCAAACGCUGGCGGCGCGGCCUGAACGCCACGAGUCACCCCUCCCGAGAGCCAGCUCUGAGCCGACGCUUGACGCCUGCGCUUUGCAGCGACCUGUGCGUAGUAGCUGUUCUUCUUCCCCCCCUGAGCAGAUAUCAUUCUUACCGUAUGUGCCAAGCGUACCUCCUGCCUUUGCGGCGGCCUUCGGCCAACGGCUUCCGUCUGCCGCAGAACUCAGCCAAGGACCAGAACAGGGCCCGGCAGCCUCCUGCUUCCCACAGUCUCGGCCGUGAGGCUCGCGCGGCUCGAAGCCACGCUUGCCGUGCCGUGUUGUGCAUGGGCUGCCGUGCGUGCCGUGAUGUGCGACCGUUCGCAAGAUGCCAGUGCUUCUGUGAAUAUCCGAGUCUCAUGUCAUCCAUGGCUUCCAGCAUGCGCUGCACAGGGUCUUUCAGUAGGAUGCCGUUUCAAGUUGACGGAGAGGGCCACGGAUCCCAGCCUGGCUGGCCUGCGCCACACGCUCGUAGCACUCCGGCGAAUCUGCCCGUCUUCGAAGGCACAUGGCCUUCCUACUUCAUGAAUCGAUGAAGUUAGAGGUGGUUUUAGUUGUUAUUACUCGAACUCGAUGCGUUCCAUCUGACCCGAGGCGAGCCCCAAAAAAGAGCG